CGCUACCACCGCCCAUACCACUGCCGCUGCCGCCGCCAUCAAAACAACUACUGCCGGUGGUCCACUAACCGGUGGGAUAGCGUACAUUACGAGCGGCAUGUCCACGGUGCUGCAACAGCCGCCGUCCGGAGGAGCACCGCAAUCGUCUCUGCUGCCACACCAGCACCCGCACGGUCACCACAGUCACCAUCUGCACCACCGGCCGGCCGCUGAACUACAGGCCGCCGCCCACAAUCCGGAUGUUCUGUUAACGUUGUUAGCUAGGAACAAGGCAUUGGAAGGUAAGCCAAGUUGUUGCACCUGCCACUCGCGUCCGAUAAUAUUCCGAUAAUGUAUCCGAUAUGUCUAUGAAACCGUGAAGUGCACGAAUUGAAAAAUCAGUGUGGAGACGCUGAUGUUGGUAACGGUGCGUGAAAGUGUGAGAGGCAAGUGCCGGCGCAAAUUUUAUAGGACCCUUGUAAUUAUUACUUAAAUAUUAUGGGAAUAUAUUAUGUUUGAAAUAUCGGAGAAAUAUAUCUAGUUCAAAAUUUCAGAAAUUUAAAAAAAACCAUUUGAGUUCAAAAAAAUAUUAAUUAAAUUUAGUAAAACUGUAAAAUCAAAUAUUUUCAUGUGUUUUAACUUAGAUAUUAUAUUACUGAUUGGAAGAAAGUUCUACGUAAGAUAUUCCUAUGAGCGUGGUGAAAAAUACCACCGGCGAAUUAUAUUAAAAAUGAUAAUAAUGCCGGACACACAGUUUUAUUUUUAUUUUAGUGUAUAUUAAAUCCUGAAAGUAUUUAUUUUAGAUCUUGAGAGUAGCGAGAAAUUUAUUGGUUUUACUAUGUUGUAUGCGAUUUUUCUAUUUAAUUUUGUUCUGUAUGUACAAUUCUCUAUCAGAAAUCUUGUUCCAAUCAAAAAAUUAAAAGAGACCUUUUUGGAUGAAUUUUGUUAUAUUGUUGAUGAAAAACGUAAAUGAAAAAAGGAUUAUUAUAAAUACGUAAACGAUUUCAUUAUUUAAUUUUUUUUCAAGUUGUGUAAUUUACCAGCAGUUUUACUUCAAAUUUCAAGAGUAACACAUUUUUUGAAAAAGUCCAGUUGUCUAGUUGGUGAUUUAAGAUUGUCAUUAUUUAAUUUUUUUUUUUCUGUGUAGUUUUCUGAAUAAGUGAGAAAAGAAGUGGGGAAGAAAUUUAAGAAAACUGGGAAAGUUUACAACAUUAACAGUUUCAUUAUUUUCGAUUUUUUUAUAAGAACUAGUGAAAAUGAUUAUAGAAGCUUGAAAUUUGCACAAAAUACUUAUAUUAGCCUUUUCUAGAUUGGUUAAACAAAAUGAAAUCGGCAUUUAUGUAGCAGACAAUAUAUAAACUUGUGUUUCGAAAACCUACCUAGUACCUAUACUACCUAUCUACUUAUAAAACGUACCCAUUUUAUUUUUUUAUAAAUGUUUAAUUUUGAAAAUUAUUAAUGCGCUUAUUUACAUAUUUACCAGCGCAUCCCGGAUUUAAUUUUGAGAAUAAUGUAUGGAAUGUUUUAUUCGGAAAAGUUGAAUUAAAUUUCAUUAUCUGUAGAAAAUAACUGGGUAUAUUUAUUAUACCAAUAAAGGAUGUCUUAUUCUUAUUAACGUUUAAGAUUCUAAGUGGAGCGAGGAAUGUAUUUGUUCUACCUGUAAAUAAAAUUUCUACCGGAAAUCUUACUCAAAUUGCAAAAAUUAUAUGAUAGUAUUUUGUAGUAUUUUGGCUCUAGUUGGUGCGUUAAGAGAUCAUGUUUUGAUUAUCCUAGUGUCCUAGUGGUUUUUAUGAUAAUUGUGAAAAAUCGGAAGGAAUUAUAAAUAAAAAAACGGAAAAUUUACGGUAGUACAAUUUUCAUUAUUUUCGAUUUUGAAUUUCUACCAGAAAUUUUGUUCCGAAUUUAAAGGAUAGCCUUUUAUUUGAAAGACAAUUUGAUUGAGUUGGUGAAUAAGAAAUUCGUUUUUUAAUUUUUCUUAUAAUUUUUUUACUAAUUAGGAUAAACCGGAAAAAAUGUAGGAGAAAUAGAAAAGUUUACAGCAAUAAUAACGGUUUGUUAUAAUUCAGUUAAAAAUAAUCGUAAAGACCUGACAUUUAAAAGAAUAAUAACAAUGAUCUUUUCUAGACGGUAUUUUUAUUUAUUUAUAGGCAUUUCUAUUUUUGAGUUUUAUUCGUUUUUAUUUGGUUUUAUAUAGAUAAAAUAGUUUUGACCGAUCAGAAAUGUUUACAAAUUUAACAUGGGGUUCAUUUACGGAUAAGAAAAGUAACUUUUUUAAAAAUAUAAUGUGUGUAUUGAUACCUGUGUAGAUCAAAUAUAGUUAGUCAAUGAGUUGUGUUAACCUGAGCAUAAACUGUAUCGAAAAUAUUCGUAUAAUACAAAACUUUAUUGUUCCCAUUUUCGGAUUAUAAUGUGAUUUGCACUAGUCCCCUUCUUAUAUGUUACUUAAGUAGUAAAAUGUUUUUUAUUUAGGAAAUUAAACAGAAAAUAGUAUAGAUAAUUCUAAAUAAAUUCUAAUACUCUCGUAAAAUGUUCAAGUUAAAAAUGCAAACGUAUUUAAUUCACUAAGUUAAUUCCUACCUAAUACCUAUCCUAUAGACAGGUUAUUAUAGUUAUGCAUAUCAUAAUUUUUAGAAGGGUCUCUAUUCUAUAUUCGAAACGAAACUUAAAAGUAUAUUGUAUAUAUACCUAUAGGCAAAGGCCUGCGCACGGGUGUGGCUAUAGCCCUAUUAGCCACACCCGAGACUUUUUUUUAGGUAGGUACUAGGUACUUAGAAUAAAAGAGCCGGAACAAAUUUAUUUGGAAAAUUAAAAAUUUUUGACUAUUUUAGACUAGAAUUAUUAACUAUGAAAGAAACAUCAACUAAAAUAAUUCAUAACUGGGUACAUUACAGGUUAUGUAUAACCGUUAUAAUAUAAUGGCAAUCAUUUAACUAUUUUUAAUCAAUUUUCAAUUAUUCCUAAAUUAUUUUUAACUAUGCCUAUAACAAGCUAGUUUUGUGAAUAUUCCUUUCCAAAAUUCAAUUUAGUGAAGAUAAAGUUACGGUUUACGAGGAAUCAGGAACGGUUAGAUUCAUUAAUAUUAUAGAUAUAUGUUUAUUGAAGAUCUUUGAGGUAACUAAUUCAAUCAUGAUGAAGUAAUUGAAGAGUUCAAUAUUUUGAUAGCAGGAGAACAAAGAUUAAUACUUUUAAUAAUUAUAAUAUUUCAUGUGAUGUUUGUACUGGGUAUCAGUUUUAAUAUUACAUUUUAUUUCUAUUUACUAUGUUUUAUAUGGCUAUUUUAUUAUUUUUUAUAUUUUUGAGUGGGUAGGUGGUAAAAAUAAAUAAAUAAAAUCCACACCUGAAAAUUUAGUUUACGCACUCCUAUUCAAAUAGGUUUUACUAUUUAAAAAUCAAUACAUAGUUUAUUUAAUGUAUUCUAUAUUAUAAUAUGUUAUCUUUAUGAAUAUGCAUACAAUUUUAAUUAUAUUGUAAAUACGAUCGUUUAAAUGAUUCUACAACAUAUUAAAACCCAAAUCAAAUUUACUUAAAAUCUCUGGCACAUGAUCAAAAAUAAUUAUCCUAUAAAAGUUAUUAUACUAUAAUAAUGAUAAUUAUUAUUAUAUGAAUACCUAUGUAUAUUAUGUGAUUAUCUCUGAAUUUUUCCCAUUUCUCAUCAUGUGGUAACAUAGACUCAGGUUAUUUUGAAGACAAAAUUUGUCAAGUGACAUUGUAACAUCACAAAAUAGUUAUGCCCAUGCGACCAAAAUGUAUAAUCAAUAAAUUGAUGGUUAAUGAACUAAUUAAGUAUGCUUAACAAAUGCAAAAUUCAAUUGUACGUGAACCGGAAAUACACGAGCCGAAUUUUUGAUAAAUUUGGUCUUUGAAUAAUUGAGUCCUUUAUAAAAUUAGCUUUUGUAUAGAAUCGCCGGCGGGAUUAGGUCUGUUAAAGUUAGAAUCCGUCUUUUCCAUCGGUCACUAUUAUUAUAGCGUAUAAGCCAUAAGCAAGGUUUUUUCCAAUUAUUUUUUGAAAAUCUGAUUAAAAUCUGAUAAUGACAGUUUCAAAUAUUCCUAUGAAUUAGUUGAUUUAUGAGUACUUAACUCCUGAAGUCAAAUGUCAGAAUGUAUCUAAUAGUAUAUCUUUUAGGAAUUCAAUUGUUUAUUUCUUUUGUUAGAUACGUACAUAUUAUAUUUAUUAAUAAUAUACAGCUAUAAUGCCAACUGCAUUAAUAAUUUUUUUUGAACAUACGUAUUUAUUUUAUACUUGCUUUUACAUCCUAAUAUUUGUAUAGGUAUUAUAAAUUAUAAUUGAUUGUGUUUUUAUAAGUAGGUGUUAUUAAAUCCGUAAUUAUUUUAAAAUAAAUUUCCUGGAGGAAAUUCGCUGUUGGAUAUAAUCUACUGGUUUUUAUGAAGUAUUUAAAAAUUAACGGACUCGGUCUUUUUAAGAGCAAAUACUUCAAAAACAGCGGGUUUUUACUCCAAACCUGAAUACAGUUAGUUCGUUGAGAACUGCAAUCCGUGGUUAUUCAAAGAUUUCUAUUUUAUGUUAAUGGGCAAUACAGAGACCUAGUCCGAAUAUUAUUAAAAAUAUAUUGAUAAUAAUUGUUUGAUAACUGAGGCGAAUAAUAAGUGACCACCUCAAUGAAAAAAAAGAAAAAGAAAUACAUUUAUCGUUAUGUGUUAAACAUAUAAAUUAUGCAUUAAUUUUGAAUUUUAAAAUUAUAAUUGAUUGUUGAUUGAAUUAGAAUUGAACUUAGACAAUUUAUCGUUUCAUUGAGGCAACAUAUUUUAUUAUAUUAUAUUUUAUACAUAUAUAUAAAUACGAUGUACUCAGAUACGUCUAUGAUUUAAAACAUUAAUGCGAAGCCACAUAUUAAUUUUCGUUAGACAUUAUUAUGGCCGUUUUUGUUAUAAUAUGUUAGCAUCAUAAUAAUAGGUAACAACAAAAUAUACGUACUUAAAAUAAAAGUAAAAUAAAAAAACAUUGGUAUUUCAUUGUUUGAAUUUGGGGACGUAGUAUAUGUACGGGAAUUUAAUUGUACAUAUUUUACUGUACGAUGAAUAACUGUAAACGUGAAGUAAUUUUUAGCGGAGUUCGGUCAAACAUUUGUAAAUUAAUUUAAAUUUAAUCAAUUUUUAACUGCAAAACAAAUUAAUUAUUAAUACAAUAUUAUUGUUCGUGUUUCUAACGAGUUUUAUCAUGCAUUUGAACUAAAAGUCUAAACAUUAUACUACUCAUAAAUUACGAGAUUAUGUUGAAAUUUUUGUUUAAUCAGUAAUUACAAAGUACAACUUAUGGUAAACUUUGUAUCAAAUUGUUGAAUAUUUUCAUGGUGUUGAAUAAAAAUUCACACUUAUCGAAAAGUCUAUGCAAAAUUUAGGUUGAUUUUUACAAUUUAUACAAAUCAGAACUUCAAACAAUUAUAAAAAAAAAUCUUUUUCUAUAUUUUCUUAUUAAUGUAAGAACAACUUAGAGAAAACAUUAUAAUAUAAAACUAUUGAGCAUUUAACAAGUAUUGAAAAAAUGAUAUCCGUAUGAUACAAAAAAAAAAAAAAAACAUUUUAAACAAAUAGCUAUAAAUAACUUAAAAAGCCCCAGAAUAAUAUUUACCAUUAUACCAAGCCUAGAAAGUGUUCUAUGUAAAUUUCAGAUACAUAUUUAUUUCUCACACAAUUACUUUAUCGUAAUCUUACAAUAUGACAACAUAUCGGGAAAAUUACUGUUCAUUUUUAAAAUAAUUUGAAAAAACCUAAAACCAAAUUAUAAAUAAAACGGCAAAUGUUUACGUCGUUAACGAUUUCAUUAUUUUAAAUUUGUAUGGAUUAUUAUGUUUUUUACCAUUUAAACAGGUUAACCGCUAGGUGAUUCUUUUUGGGAUCUCGGUGAUCUACUCACUAACGCCACGAGUUUUUCAAUAGGUUUACUUAUCGUUUCAAAAUUUCAAAUAUAUGUUUAAUAUGAGCUUUAAAAAACGUAUAUGGUGUUUUUAGAAUUAUUUUAUGUGAGAUCGUUUUUGGAAUCUUGUGGCAGUGGUAAGUACUAAAUACAAAUUUAAUGGAUGAUUAGGUAUUAUUAGUAGGUACUAGGUAGUUAUUGAUUUAAAAAUCAUCUUGAAAAUAAAACCAUAAACAUGUUAAAUUCACAAAUCGUUACCACAUGUCAUAACUCAUGUUAAUAGAAUCAUUUACAGUAUUAUCAUAGAUUAUAUUAUCUAAUAGUCUAAUAAAUUAUCUAAUAAUAUCUAUGGUUUUAUGAAUAACUAUUUGAAAAAAAAAAAACUAUUAGAAGUAAGCAAAUAAUGAUAAGUGUUCGCUUAAUACACAGAAUUACAAUGAUCACACAAUAGAAUUCAAAUUCACCAUUAAAAUUAUCAAAAAUGUGAUUGUCCGGGAAUCAUUAUUUAAAUAAAAUAAACAAUAAUGAAGUUAGAAAAACGACAAGAGACAAGUUUAUUUUUCAUUUUUAAUUUAAUUGGAGAGUAAGUAAUUCGUUUUUAUGAUGUACUCGGUAGUUUUUUUAAUAAUUGAGAAAAACUGGAAAAUCACAAAAAAUUAAAACUUAAAUUUACGGCGAGGCAUUACGAUUUUAUGAUUAUACAUUUUUACGCUUUCCGUUUAUAUUAAUGAAAUAAAAUAUAAUAUUAGGUGUCUAUUUAGUUAGUUUUACAUACCAAACGUAUUCUUGUUAAAUAUACAUUCUUCAAUAUAUUUUAGCAAUAAGUUUUUUUUUUUAAUUUUUAAUUAAAAAUUCCUAACCUAAAACUGUUACAAAAAUGUUUUCCUUAUUAUUAUUAUUUUACUACAAUUGGGAUUUUCAAAUGGGGCGUUCGAACCCAAACCCCUCUUUCCGUCCUAUACCUACACUCCUGCGGUCCAAGGAAACUUGUACCUGUAGUAUAUAAAUAAGUAGCUUGCAAGCUAUAGUAAAUUUGAAAUAUAUUAUAAAAUCAAUACAAAUUGAUAAUUUUAUUCUGAUCGAGUGCAAAAAUCUAAAUAUCAUUUAAACUAAUUUAAAUAUUGUCCAAAUGGAGACUAAAAUGAUAAGAAAGACGAUUUUUAUAAUUUAAACUAAUGUGACGCCUUAACUAUUAUUGGAUAUAAAUUAUUAUCUAAAAAAAUAAAAUAGUUAUUUUAUUUCAAAUGAACUGAUUUAUUAGGUAUCUACUAUGUUUACUUUAUAGAUUGACUUUUAAAAUCAUUGAAAUAGUACAGCCAUCUAUUUGUAUUUAUUUAUUCACAAUAAACAUUUUCGUGAAAGAAUUAUAAUUUUAAAUAAAUAUGUAAUAUGUAUAGUGUAUACUGUAUAAGUACUAACGUGAAUCUAACAGUGGAAAUUGUUGUAAUAAGAUAGUUUAUAUUAUAUAUAUAAAUAGGAUUUUUGUUGGAAAAAAGUUCUUUGUGGCCCAGCAUGUUGGUGACUUUAUAUAUUAUUUCAUUUUAAUUGUAUGUUAAUAUUUUAUAUUUUAUACACAUAAUAUAUUUAAUUAGUAAAUAUAUUUUUUACUACACUUACGGAUAGUUUAUAAAUGUCCACACAUUUACAAAAGGGUAUUCCGGUACUCAUAAAUAUACUAAUUUUAAUUAACAAUAAUUUUCAUUCUAUAUAUUAUAAUUAUUAUUUCAUAGGCUUUAUAAUAAAUUCCGAGGUUCUAAUAUGUUUUAACAUAUUAGACAAAUCUAUAUUAUAUUUAUUAGUUUCUAAACUACCUAUAUAUUAUAAUAAUUAAACAGCCAAACACCCAAACAAUGUUGGAUUUGGGUAUAAAAGAUGAUACUAAAAGGAAAUUAUCAGAAGUGGUAUCAAAUUAGUAGCUAUUACAAUAUUGACGUUUAUUUCCUAUAUAGACAUUUAAAAUUGCACACAUAAUAUUUUAUAUUUCUCUUCCAGUAGAUUAUUAAAUCUAUACAAAUUAAUUAUAGUUAAUAUUAUUGAAAUCGUUAGUUUUAAACUUAUCAUAAGUUGAAAAAAUAAAAUAAAAUAAAUACCAUAAAUAAUGUUUAACUUAACUAAGUUGCUACAUGCUAAAUAGAAGAAUAUUAUACAUCUAGAAUAUUCUUAUUUACAAAUACAUCGAUUAAAAAAAAAAAAAUUAAUAAAUUCUUUAGUAUAAAUCGAUUAUAUUAUAGUAUAUCGAUUGUUAGGAAAACAAUUUGUUUAAAUCAAAUUUAAUGUAUUUAAAACAGUAAUCAUUCCCACUGUAUUCACUAUAUAUCAUUCUAGUUAGUUUUUCCUAAAAAUAGAUCCUAUUACACUGUAUUGUAUUUAUUUGUAUAAUAUGAAGUCAAAGAAAUUAAAUUUUGUAUACACCGUGUAAGUAUCAUAAUGUGUCUUUUGGUGGUUUCAACUUUGCAUCCCCUCCUCAAACAUAUUUAUGCCCACAUUUCGUAUUUUUACAUGACAUACCGGGUUUUAAAUGUUCUAACAGACUCAUAAAGUAAGUAACUUGGUUAAAAUGUGUAUUAUUCGAAUAUUAUAUAAAUUCAACUGUUGUCGAAGAUGAAUAGGUAUUGUAAAGGCAACAAGUCGACUCAGGGAAAAUUUGGCUCUAAUGUACUGCUUAUUUGUUUGAUUCGUUAUACAUGUUUGUGCAACGUAUUUACAAAAAAUAAAAAAUAAUAAUAAUUGCUUACUAAACAAAAAUAAUAAUCUAAAAUAAAUCUUGAAUUUUGAAAAUGUUGAAGCUAAAUUACUUUAAAACGUACAAUAGAAAUUAUGAUGAGAACAAAUUGGUAAUUACUUAAUAUAAAAAAAAAUAUAUAUCAUUAAAGUUACGACGAGAAAUGUAUUGGCUUUACUCGUGUGCUAAUUUUUUUAUUUAUAUUUUGAGAUUUUAUUUGACUGUGUACAACUCUUCUACGAGUAACCUGGCUCCAACAAACAUUUAUUAUUAAAUUUCGGAUCUAGUCGGUAAGUACGAGUAAGCGAGUAUUUUUUUGAUUUUCUUAUAGUUUUCAUAAUAGUUAAGAAUAAACAAAAAAAAAAAAACCUAAAAAAACUGAUCAAUUUAUGGCGUUAAUGAUUGUAUCAUCUCUUAUCAAAUUAUUUUAUAUUUCAGUAUAACUUUAAUUAUACCUAAUUUAACAUUAUUCAAUUAAAUUAUUGCGCCGAUUGGCGAUUUCCAAGAGCAGUACCCCUUUUAAGGUAAGAUUAAGAGGGAAAUUUAAUGUAUAUGUAUGUGCAUUGGUUAAUCAUUGCUAACAAAAAACGAUUCGGAACGAAGUUUGGUAAUACAUAUUUUUAAAAGCCGUAAUAUUUACAAUUAUCGUAAUUUAAUAUUAUCGUAUUAAAAAUUUGAUUUUAAAACUUUUUUAAAAAAAAAAUAUUGCAUUAAGCUCAAUUUUUUUAUUUUGACCAGAAAAUGCGAAUUUUAAGGAACUUCCUGUUAAAUUUUCAAGAAUUUCUGUUUAGUCUAUCAAUUUUAUCUACAGAGUAUCAAAUAAAAAUAACGUACAAAACUCAUAAAAUUAAAAUGUCUAUAAUUAGUUCAAAAAUAAUUCAAAUAUUCUGAAAAUUUGACUACGUCUAGAAAAUGUAAAUAUAAGUUUUCUGUCAAAAUUUCAAGUUUUUGUGAAUAUGCUUAAUUAAAUUACAUAAAAAAAAAAAACAAAAUUGAAAAUAAUAAAAUAAUCAUUUUUGUACAUUUUCCCGUAUACAUUUUUUUUUGUUUUUUUUUUAAAUCAUUUAAAAAACUACGAAUAAAAUCAAAAAACAACAUCCUUGGUCACUAACUAGUUAACUUGUUAGUUAACACUAACUAGUCACUAACAAAAACUAUCUAUUGACGUUUUUCGAUUGGACCAUUAUUUAUAGUAUAAAACAUAUGUUGCAUAAAUUAAAAUAAUGAAAUUGGUAACGCUGCAACGCUCCGUAAAUAUUUGCUGUUUUAUCUAUAGUUUUCUUUCGGUUUUUCCUGAUGAAUUCGGAAACCCUUUAGAAAAUCGAAAAAUUACCUUUCUAAUGCUCCAGCUAGAGAAAAUUACCUUUCAGAAAACACGCUAUAGUCUAUAUUUUGGAGCAAGUUUUCUGGUAGAAAAAUUGUUCACAGACAGAAAAAAAAAACACACAUAGUAAAAUCAAUAGAUUCCUCGCUACGCUCCGAAUCUAAAAAAUAGAGAUAGAAGACUUUAUCUUAUAAUACAGUGUAUGAACGUUUUGUUGUAUACUAUUCUCAAAUGGACUUUGUUUAAUAUAAUAUUAUAGUAUUUUUUACGGUUUAUUCACGUAGCAUAGCCAAUACCUUUGUUUAUUUAGUAACGCUUUAAUAGAGCUUAAGUACCGACGAAAUGGAUUGUACGGGUCCGGGCUCUUACCCCUUAUAGUAUUUUGCAUGAUCAUCCUCGAAACAUAAUAAAUAUUAAAAAAAAAAAAAACCUUAUAAUAAUAAUAAAAAAAAAUAAAACACACCGACAGAGUAAAAGAUAACUAUCGGCCGUAACAUACGGCAGCACUCGGCGUCACACGGAAAAAUGACCGUCCGGCUAGUCGAAAUAAUAAUAAAGGACACAGGACCACCUGUUCAAUAUGGAUAUUACUAUGAUUAGUCGUAUGAACGAUGGGGCUAUACCCUCUACGGUGAUGACCCUUAUUACUCAUCGUUACCGUGUAUAUGCAUGUGUAAACUAGUUGCAUGCAAACGACCGAUUAUUAUUAUACUAACUUGGAGUGCACGCAUUACGCAAAUGGCUUUUGAGAUGAACGUUAGAAAUGUAUAAACUACCAGUACACUCGUAUUAUACAAUGACAGCUUUUAGAUUUUAGGAAAUGUAAUUGAUAAAUGGGAACAAAAGAAAUACGAAAGGGAAAAACGCGGCACGAACGGCAAAGGCAUAAAACUGAAGCAACACUCUUUGCGAAUUCCUGAAAAAUAUUCAUUAAUAUUUCCAAUAUAUAUAUUGUAAAUUUAAUGUGUGAACGUAUACCACAAUCAUAAUAAAAAGGAUAAUUUCUAAGCAAACGUCUCCGGGUUUUCAUGAUGGAUUUUAGUUUGCCAAAACGUAUUGUAAUUUCCAAAUUCUAAAUGUUUUUAUUACAUCCUGGCGAAUUUUGAGCUAUAUAUAAAGCUAUCUUUAUAGUUAUACUAGAUUUUUUAGUGUUUAUUUGGUUUUAUGUGGAUAAAAUUUAUUUGGCCCAGAAAUAAUGAUAAACAUUUAGCAUGAGGUUCAUUGUAAUAGUUGUACUUGUGGUAAAAAAAAAAAAGAAACUUAAUGUAGUUAUUUUUCUAAAAUACUUUUACCUAAGCAUUUUAAAUUUAAAUUUGAAUGCAAAUCGUAGAAAUCACGUAAAAUCAAAUAAAAAUUAUUUUUAACCGAAUUUCUCAGAAUCGUUUUUCAUUAGCAAAGAUUUAUCAUCGUCACGUAGAGAUAUAAAAUAAAAUCACUUUAUUUAUCCUACUUUUCCACCAUGUCAUCUACAUCAAUGAUACAUCCGUCAGCAGAAAUCGUUGUUAGCAUAUGAUUUAUCAUUGCGGGACCUAUAGAUAAUAUAAAUUAAAUUUACAUAAUAUACGAGCACGUAUUAUAUUCUACCUUCCUAACUUUCCAUCUACAAAAGUGGUACACUCAUCAGCAAUAUCAACUUUUUAUUUUUAAUAAUACAUUUUUGCUCACAAUAUAUUAUUGUCAAAUAAAAACAGAAUUUAACCUAGUGGUUUAUGUUAGUAAUAUACGUACGUAUAGAUGUUGUCACCGAACUAAACAACAUGAAAAGCAAAAUUGUCGUUUAUUUAUGAACAUUAUAUUAAACAUAGUAGGGUUUCAUUUGGCCUCCUUUAAAUAUAUUAAAGGCUUCUUAUAUGGGUUCUGAUGAAUCAACUAUAUUACAUUUUUCAUCAUAUUAUACAAUAAAUUUUCUCCCAAUUUGACAAUUUUAAAAAUGAUUACAAAUACAAACUUUUUUCGUUUACUCUAAGAAGAAUAUUGUUAUAAUCUUAUACUCGAGACCAUAAAAAAAAGGGCAAAAGGUAUACGACGCAAGUUUCAUUUUAUUGAGUCAUUCCAGCGUUUUAAUAUGUUCUACUUAAACGCUGGAGGGGUCCCAGUUUCGACCUACAAUUAAAGGCGUUCGGAAAGGUUAAAGACUUGCACCAAGCGUUAAGUAAUGAAUGUUACAGCUGUUCACCGGUGUUGAUUAAAACUUACAAAGACCUCUUUGCACCUGAGGCUUCCUUUUAGUAUGUGAUUAAUUCUUUCUUUUUUCAUUUCUGAGUUUCCUCGAGAUUUCUUUUUUCUUUCUUUUUAUAUUGUUAAAAAAAACUUUUAUAAAACAUCAUUCUAUCUAGCUAUAGAAGUGAUGCGUUAAAUAAAAUGUUAAAAAAACCGGCCAAGAGGGUGUCGUACAAGCAUAAACUUAGAGUCCCUUAGUAUGUAAUAAGUAGUAAAGACCAUUUUUUUUUUUUUUUCAUUUACUUAGUAUAACAAUAUAUUAUGUAUGUGUAAUUAAUACAUUUUAUUUUUAAAUUAUCAUUUUAUAAAUACCACCAAUACGAAAAAUAUAAAUUUCAUCUCCCAAUUUUAUUAUUACUUAUUUAUCCAUAAUGUCCAUCUAUCCGUAUGUCAUAAGCUUAUCCUAUAGAACCGGAGACGGGCGAUAUGAGCGAUCGAUUUUCCCGUUCGCUCCUAAACAUAUUCUUAGUUGAAUUUUUAUUAUAAAUAAUUAGAACCUUAUACCUUAUAUACAUUUUUAAAUUAUAAAUAUAGAUAUAUCACUAAUUUACGAAAUUUAGCUAAUAAGUAUAAUUAUUAUUUUAACAUAACUACAUGUUUUUUUAAUAUUUGGAAGAUGCACAAUUAUAACUAUCACCUUUUUUUUUUUUUUAAUAGCUUAAUAGCUUAUGUUUUCCGAUUAAUAGUAGAAUAACUGUAUUUAUUUGUUUAAGUACCUAUGUUACGCAUCAAUAAUAGUUUAAAUUAUCAAUAACACAGUUUUAGGUUUCUAAGCGUAAGUAAAAUUCCUUAUAUUCCCGUUGUGUCAUUUCGUCCCUGCGUAGUUACCAGCACGUAUUUACGAUUGUUAAUUUGGUUGACAAGGAGAUAUACAUAUAUAAUAUAUUAUAUUAUUCGAUACAUCAUUAUAAUAAUAAUUACUAUUAUUAUUUGUAUGUGAGUAUUAUUUAUAAGUUUAUGCCUGCUAUAGUCAAUAUUAAAGUAUAAAGUAAUAAUAUAAGUAAUACUUAAUCAAUUUAAUAAUGUCUUGUCAAUUAUUUAAAAAUGAAAUUGUUAAUUCAUUUAGGUUUCUAAACAUAAGUUAUGAUUACAUUAGGUUAUCAAAUUCUCUCAAAAUUGUGUAUGGUACUAUAGUUUGUUAUUUGGGAACUAAGAUAAUUUUUUAUUUUACGUCUUUUUUCAGUUUUUCCAAAUUAUUAUAAAAAAAAGUUGAAAAAUUAACAAAAAAGGCCUCUUGUUUAUUUUAUUGGAAUAAGAUUUCCGACAGAAAACAUAAAUCGUCAAAAUUUAAAAUAAUGAAAUCGUUAACAACCCGGUGUAACGUAAAUAUUUGUCCAUUUAUCCUAUCAUUUUUUCUGGUUUUCCCUAACUAUUAUGAAAAUCCCUAGAAAUAUUAAAAAAAUACAUACUUAAUUCACCAACUAGAAUUAAAAUUCAAUAAAAAUAGUCUCUAAGCAUCUUUUGAUACAACAAAUAUAUAUUUGUAAGUAACAAAAACGCACAUAAUAUUAAAACCUAAAUAAAAAUUAAAUAAUAUUAAUACAUUAUCAAAAUUAGAAAAAAAUGAUAAUGCUUCAUUCAACAAAGCGCCACCAUGACGUUCCGGUAUAUUGUAGGUAAGGUAGUAUCACAAACCACAGAUUUCUCUGAUUUAUAUAAAACCUUUAAGCUAAAUAGUAUAUUUUCUUUAUUAUAUUCUACGAUACCCUAUUGUAAUAACACAAUAACCUGAAAAUGGUAACAAAUAAAAAGUUAUUUUAACUUAGAAUAUAAUGACCAAAAGAAGAAACUAAAUUUUCUAGAAAUAAAUAAAUAUUUCUGCUUGUAUAGGUAUUACUAAAUUGUUUUAAUCAUUUUUUUUUUCUAUUAACUACAAUUUAAAAAUAGUUAUUUGAAGAAAUGGCUCAUCGGGAAAAUUCCUGAAUCACUGGUGUCCUAAUUUGUUCCUGGUUAUGAAAAUAUUGAAAAAAAAUGUUAUAUACUUUUAUUAUAUAGUUGAUGAAUAUACGGUACAAACUUGGACGUUUUUAUCAUUAAAUUUUAGAAAAAUAUACCUAGUUAUAUACUUGACUUCUAGUUAGUUAAACACUAACACCUAACCUAACCUUAGAUGGUAGUUUGUAAAAAUAUUUUUUUAAAUUUUCAUUUGUAUACUAUACAGGCUGUUCUGCGAAGAUAUCUUCGUGGAACAGCAUGUAAUCUGUAAAAACGGUUAACCCUUAAAAACGGUUAAUUAUGUGUGAUUUAUUUUAAAUGAUUUCAUCGAAUAAAAGAAAAAACGUAAUAUUUUUGUAAUAAACUUAUUCGUUUUACCACGUGAAUUGUGUGCGUUAAACUUUACUCUAUGUGGGUGCCAAAACACAGCGUGUGUCUAUAUAUGUGUAAAGUAAAUUCGAGAAAAAAACGAGGAUGAAAACUAAUCAACCGAUGAAAUACGUCCAAAUGUUUCACUUAGUCCGAAUGCCAUUUCUCCCCCUGCAAUAGCAAAACGGCCAGCAGUUAAAAUCGGUCGAGGGAUUACCAUUGAUUAUCACUAAACCUUUCCCCAUAGGAUAAGUCACAAACGACGAACAGCGUGCUAAGGAUCAACACUAUGAAAGGGGACAUGUAUUAUACACACUAUACGUUUUGAACACUUAGAGGGUGCGGAUUACCAUAAAACGCCGAUGUACACAUAAAGAGUAAAGUAGGAAUUAGCUACAACUAAAUAUCGUAAUGGGGUUGACAAAUAUUCCAAAGGCCAUACCAAUGCUAUUAGAAUGAUUAGCUGAAACCAAACCGUGUAAAUAAAGUACAAUAAAAUGUUGGCAAUUUUACGAUAAUAAAAUGUAUUUAACUUAUUUAUCAUAAUAAUAACAUAAUGUUGUAACUAAUUUAGAAGCCUGGUGCCAGUUUCCCAAAAUGUUUACGAAUUUUAUAAAAUUCUAAAGUUAUUAUUAUAAUUUUAAUUAAUACUUUGAAAUUAAUAAUUUUCCAAUAGGUUAUUUAUUGUUAAAACCCCGUAGUUAUUGACUACGGUAAGCGUGCUCAACUAACUAUAAACUUGACUAUUAUAUCCCGUUUUUGGACGAGUGUUUCUAAAUUCUCCACUAAGUUGUCCACUUAGUAAUAUCUAUAUUAUUAAGCCUAUAUGUAGUAGAAGUUUGUCACCACUAAUAUUAUUCAGUAAUUGAUUGCGUUCUGAAGAAGCUCAUUUUAUGCGAAAUUCAAUAGAAACUAUGCAUCCAAUUUUUUUCCUUAGAAAAUAAUUCAAAUCGAUAGACAGUAACCCAAAAGCAUUUUUAAUAUAGGUAAUAUAGAUGCUUAAAAUAUUUAAUUAUUUAAUUAUAAAAUUAGUCAGUUUGUUUAAACCGAUUUUCGGAUUUAUUUAAUGUGGUAACAGCGGUAGCUUUGCUGGAGUAUAAACAGUGUUAUCACCGUAUUAUUAUAUAAUUUGUUAUGCAUUUAUGCAAGUCAAAUCUGGCCGUGAAGUCACGUAAUUUUAUAAUAAUAAUAUUAAACUAUAAAUAAUAUUAUAUAUUAAAUAUAUAUUAUCUAUGUUCCAGGCACCUAUUAAACUAUAUAAAGAGCAUAGAUAUAAAAUAUAUCUAUGAAAGAGAUUGGUUUUAUUAUUUUGGUGAUAACAAUAUUUAUAUCCAACCAGGCCACAGCUGUUUUCAAAUAAAAAAAUAUUGAAAAUGGUUUUCAACAAUCGAAACUAUUUUGUUACCUACAUUAAAGUUAACUAACUCAAAGAAUAGUAACUUUUUCAGAAAAUUAUUCACAAAAAAUUUAUUUAUUUUACUUAAUUAUCAUGUAGGUAAUUAAAUAAUAAGCACAACAAAGUGCUUAUUAGACGUGUAAGUUCUCGGAUUUUUUUUUAAAAUGUCUUUAGAAAAAAGUUAUGAUAUUUGUAUUGAGUUUAUUAUUAUUUGACAGCUUAAAUGUAUUAUAUAUAUUAUUUUGUAUGUUACAAUCGGCUGAAUUAACAAAGAGGUAAUAAUACUAAUGGUAAUGAUAGUAAAACAUUAAAUAAUAAUAAUAGAUAAAUAAUAAAUAAAUAAAUAGCAUUAAGUAAAACAAAACAUAUAAGCAUUUAAACGUUUAAAAAUUUAAAUUUGAUAUAUAUAUCACUCAUUAUAAUGACAUUUCUAGACCCGCUAUCCAAUUAUAAUUGUCUUCGUGCAGUUUGCCCACUUUUCCAUCGAAUUUUGUGUUUGGACACUCUUCGAUGAUAUGGCGGAUCGUUUGAUCAGCUCCUCAUGAACAAAGAGGAGAUUGUUCUAUUCCCCAUUUAUAGAAUAGGCUUUUAGAUCUACUUUGUUUAGUUCUUACCUUGUUUAAAGUUGACCGCAGCAUUCACGGAAGAUCAAAACCAGGAACUCAUGUCUCUGGGUUUUCAAAUCAAAGUGACGCUUCUCUCCCCCGAGUCUCUCCAUUGUGUUUUCUAUGUUUCUGACAAAGCUUCUACUGGAAAUGUUAGGUCCCAUAUCGGAUGUCUUGACUUAAGUCGCUUUUAGAGAUGCGUAGUAAUGUCAUGGUGCAAUGGAAGAUUUGGGUUUAUUUUUAUUUUAUCCACUGCACAUUCUGUGUGCAUUAUUCUACGCAAGUUCGGUGGAGCUAUAUUUGCAAGCACUGGCAGCCAUUGUACUUGAGUCAGUCUCAUUAUGCUGGCUAUGAUUCGCAUUUAAGUAGAUAUAUAGAUAUCUAUGUGCAAAAUGAGAUUAAUAAAAAAAAAAAAUUGAUUAUAACUAAUGAAGCAGCAGUGGACUAUGGUACAAUACUAAGUAAGGAAAAAUUAUGACUAUAAUUGGUCAUGUUUUACAUUCAUACUGUAACCAUACAUAAUUUCUUAAAAAUUCGUAAAUAACUUUUUAGAAAUACUCGUAACUCAAAUUUUAAUAAAAUAAUUAAGUUAAGUUAAAAUUGAUUAUUAAAAUAAAUAACUAAAUUUUUUUUAUAAUUAUAUUUUUUUAAACCUAGUUUAUUUGUAUAUUAUCAAACCAGUAAGUUUUUAAUUAGUUACUCCCAAAAUUGUUCAACGAUAAUAUUAGUGUAACUUGCAAGGAAUAGUGACGUUUUCAAAAACUCUAGUUCUUUUGUGUAUGGAAAUUAUUAUUCCAAUGUUUUGUUACUAUUUGACAUAUUUUCAGGGUUUUAACCCUGGUAUUGCGACUUGGUGACGUGUGCUGUUAUAACUAUAUACAAAUUGUUUUCGUUUGCUAUUGUAUAUAUAAAACAAAUGUACAAUAAAAGGAAAAGGAGAAAAAUUUGUUUGAUUUUCAUGCAGAACGCGCCCAUGUGUAUUUUAUAUCACCCAAAAGAUGGCACGUGACUUACGUUGUCAUUGUUCGUGACUGCUAUUGUUAUGCGGCACGAGACUUAACAUAAUACGCCACGCUUGAAACCUUUACAAAUUUACAAUAAUAAAAACCAGGACAAUCUCAUGCAUUGGAAAUGUUUCCCUAAUGUGUUUCUAAAUGACUGAACGAGCUUAUUUUUUUUCCUAAUAUUUUCUACGCUUUCACGCCUUCAAAAUGCAAAACAAUAUCAACACACGUGCAGUCUAUCCUAUCCUUAUGACGUAUUAUUGUCCUAUACAACUGAUGGUGUAGGUCUUGUUAAAACCAUCAAUAAUAUUAUAAACGAGUCGAAUACAAUAGCGAAAAAUAACACUAAUGGUGACAUCAAAUAGUAUUAUGUAAAAUAUUAAUAAAUCGAAAUUCCAAUAAAGUUAAUUUACAUAAUAAUGGGUUUUUAAUAUUUUUAUGAACGCUUAUAGUUUUACUCAAUAAUAGUUUUCCAUUUAAAAUAAAUACCAUUAUUGUGAACCUUUAGAUUUUAAAUGUAGUGAAAACAUAUUAGUUUUAUUUUUGAUGUAUGUCUUAAACUUUUUUUCUUACGGUAGACAUGACCAAAUUCUAUCACAAAAUUUCGUCAUCUGGCCAUCUCAAAAGGUACCCUCUCUCAAUGUGCCACUCCUUCCCCUUGCCCGAAAUACUUUAUUUAAGUUAUAUACUUUUGUACACAACGAUAUUCUCCAAAAGUACAUAUUUUUUUAAUUUUAACCAUUAUAUUUUAAAUGAAUAUUAAAAAAAAAAAAAGAAUUGCGUAGAAAAUAAAAAGUGAAAAAAAUGUUUAAGAAACACAAUGUUUGAAGUUUGAACCUUAAUUAAAAUAAAUUCAAUAUUUUUCAUAGACUUUCUGUGAUAGAAAUUAAAUUAAAGUAUAAUUCCUUACUUUUUUAUUCCACAAAAUCGAUUAAAUGGUCUUAAAAUGUUGGCUGUUCAAUAAAUGUUAAAAUUAACUCUGAAUGAAGUACUUAAUAAAUUAGGAUUACAAAUAGUAAAAUUAAUCUUUUUUUGUGUAUUGUGAUAAAACUGUAUCUAGGUGCGAAUAAAUUUAAAGUCUUAAUGUAAAGUUUUAAUGUUUUAAUGUAAGUUUAAAUUUAAAAUAUAUUAUGUUAUUAUUUAUUUGAAUAUACCUAUACAGAUCACAAUGGUUGUAUACUUUUCUUGAGAGUGGCAUACAUGAUAAAAACAAAAUUUUUUUGGAAAUGGAGUGGGAUAAUAGGUAAAGUAUAAAAACAUUUCACCCGCCCUUCAAACAUGGUCACAUUAUACAACUUUUAUACAUUUAAAAAAUAAAAAUCUAGCUUAUUAUAUUUUUAUUUUCAUAUAUUUACCUAUUAUAUAUUUGCUAUGCAUUGCACAUACAAUGUAGAACGUGUUAUUCAAAUAUUUCGAUUGCUCCGAGUGGCAGAUUUAUGAGAGUGGUCCUGAAAUCCGUCCUGAUUAUCGUAUUUUAGUGUAUGAUAUAAGUUUUGUUCAUCAUACAUCGUACACUACUCUUAACUAUCGUACUUGUACAAUAAAAAUCGUACGUCUGGCGUUUUUUUAUGGUGUAUUUUAUAAGUCUUGAUUAAAAAAAUAAUAAUAUUAUAUUAUAGGUUUUCCUUAUUUAAAAUAUAUACUUAGCCAGCUGUAUGUAAACGUCGUUUGUUAAACGAAAACACAAAAAUCAUCAAUAUGUGAAACUCAAGGGGGGGGGGGCAGAAUUUGUUUGCACGGAGUGGCUAAACCAUAAAUGCGGCCCUGGCAAUACAGUUAUAAUAAUAACAAUAUUAAAUAAUAUUUCAACAAUGACGAUUCUUCGAAAUUGUGUAAAAUUUUUUCGCUCAACAUUUAUUCAAAUAAGAAUUACACGAAUGAAAAUUUUUAAUAGUUAAAUUUGAUCUGUGUAGCACACUGAAUUGAUUAUACAUUUUAUGCACAAAAUAAUAAAUAGCAAAUAAUAAUACUGACGUUCUCUAUUAUAAACGACAGUGGUUAUUAUUUUGUAUUUGUAUAUCUUUAAAACAAGUGCAUGAUGGGGUGAAUCGUAAAUAAUUCCUCGCAAAAUUGUAUUUGUUCAUCAGCUCAUGGUAUACGUACUCAUAUUCACCACAAAUAAACAGAAGUUUAUUUAUUAUCCCGCAGUAUUUUUUUAUUUAAUUUUUAAUAUUUGCUUUUCAGUGUUCAUCCUAUGGGAAUUAUUUUUUUUUUUUUAUCAAGUUGGUUAUUUGUUAUAAAAAAAUGCGUAUUGAUCAACCCUUAACUUUUCUUUGCCAUAAUGCCGUCACUUCACUUUUUAUUAUAUUAAUAAUUUCAUUAUUUGUACUAUAAAUAUUAAAAUGUCUAAAACACAAAUAAAACUAAAUGCAUGCUUAUUAGUUAAAAUGAAUCUGAUAAAUAUAUACAUAUAUUAAACUUAAAAAAGAUUUAAUCAACAUUUUUAAUUGGCAAUAGAAAAGUUUGUUUUUGUUUAUCAUGAAACAGUAAUUAAUAGUUUUUAAUCAAAAUCUUUUUCAAAAAUUUUAUUUAAAUUGAUUUCGUUUUUUUUUCUGUCAUUUUAAAAUCGUUUGAUGAAAUCUCAUUUACACAAUUUUCCAAAAUAUUCCCUCAUAAACGCAUCAAAUUUUAAUUUUCAAAUGGAAUCCCCUCUUUUCAGCACAGAUUCAAAAAGGAAUAUACUUUUAGAAAAUUGUAUCAGAUAUAUUGUUUAUGAGCUAAAAUGAUGUACAUUUAGACUGGAGGAGUAGGGAAAGGUAAUAAAUUGCAUUUUUGUUUAUAGAAUAUAACUCUUCCUACAUCUUCAGUUUAAAUUUGAGUCUCUUAUAAACUAAUAAUUAAACGGUAUUUUUAAUGUUAUUAUUGUGCAUAUGAGUAUUUUUAGACAAAUAUUUUCUUUUAUAAAACCUGAUUUAAAAGGUAUUACUAUUUGAAAAUCAUAUUUGUCAAAAUUUCUUUGGAAUUUUAAGAUAAGAAUUAAUAAUUAGUUCUACUAAAUAUUAUUUUAAUAUAUUUAUAUACUUCUGUAAUUCAAUUGUGUGUAAUAUUAAUUAAACAUAUUUAUUAAGUAUUUAAUAAUUUUGGUUUAAUUAAACAUCAUUAAUUUUGCGUUAUGAAACAAGUCAUAUGGAAUAUAACAGGAUAUAACAAGAUGUGUAAUUGUAUAUAAUUAAUAUAAAUAAAACGCAUGUUGAGAUAAUUGAAAACAUGUAUUAAAAAUCUAUCUGAUUUAAACUCAUAUACCAUGGUUAGGGUAAGAUGGAACAAAUAACUUUUUUUUAAAUUUUAAUAUUAGUUAAAAACUGCAUGUCUUGUUUUACCCCGAAAUGCUUUACCUAUUUUGAAAUACAAAAAUAAAUAAAUAAGAAAAUUAAACAUUAUGUAUAUGACACUAAAACAUUAAUAAGCUAAACAUUAUGGGUGAUAAGUUAGAUAAUGGAAUCAUAUUCACUCAUAUAAAACCAUAUAAGUGCCCAUCUUUUUUCAAAACACUUAAAUAAAAGAAAAAAAAAACAGCUGAAAUAAUUAAAUCAUAAUAUUCGGAUAUUAAAAGUAUAAGACUUUCAUAAAUAACUCAUUAUUAUUAUUUAGUACACUAUUUUAUUAGUAUAAAUAAUUUUAUACUCGUACAUUACCAAUAAUUAAAACACAUGACUAAUAUUAUUUAAAUUGAUCUAAAUACGGGGUGAUCAAUUUAUCGUAAGACACUCGAUAUGUCGGAAAGUAUUAACUUAUUUUGGAAUUUAUUUUCCAGAACAAUUAAGAAACACGCUGCUCUAAAAUUUAAAAUUUUUAUUUUUUUUGGGAGGGUAAAAUUUCUAUCUAUUGGCAACCUAUACUAAACAUUUCAUAAAAAGAUGGAGUAUUAUUUAAAAUACAUUUUAGUAUAGAUUGACAUUUGAAAAUCAAAAAUAGGUAGUGGUUUUACCCUUAUAAAUAAGGGUGAUAGAAAAUAACAUAAAUAUACAAUUGUAAAGAAACUUAUUGUUUCUUAAAUGUUCUAGAAAAUAAAUUCUAGAAAAAAAAGUUAAUACUUUCUGAGUUAAUAAGUGUCUUAUGAUAAAUUGAUCAUCUCGUAUAUAAUCUUUUGUAGGAAAAGUACUAACUAUGAACAAUAUUAGGUUUUUUUAUAUAUACCUAACAUUAUUUCUAUAUAAAAAAUGUAGCCACGAGGUUUACUUAUUUUUAUAGUUUUGUAAUAAUGGGGGAAUUCUUUUUUUGGAAAAAAUUAUUUUGUUGUUUUUAGAUUUUUCAGAAUUUUAAUUAUAUCAUAAAUUAAUCAUAUCAUACUAAGUACACUAAGAUUAAUAUUUAUGUAAAUUCAAAAAAGAAAAAAAGAAGGAUAUGUAAAGUUUUUUAAUUGUUAUAUUAGCACUUACCUAAUGAUAAACCAAUGCUAUAGUUCAGUUAUACCUGCUACAUGCAUGUUUUGAAUUGCCGUAAGUUUUAUGAUUUUCGUCAAAAUUUGAUCUUAAAAUACCUAUAAAAAUAAAUUACAAUAUACUCAACUAUUAUUUGUUUUACCACUAAGAUAAACUUAUGAACCUCGUGUAAUAAUUUUAAAAAACCAUCCACUAUUAUACUAGGUGAGAAAUUAUUUGACUACGCAACAAUUAUUAUUGUCACUCAUUAUAAUAUGGAGUAAUAGUUAGUAAUAUAAUAUUAUCUACUUGUGUAGAAACCUAAUGCAUUUCUCGUAAUAAAAAAACAAUAUUGCUACAGGCACAAAAGCCACUAAGAAGAGUAUUCGAUAUAUAUUGGGGAAUAGGAGGAGGGGGUUACUGUGUAAAUUGUGUAUACAAUAUGUACAAUGAUUAAUCAGAAAAAGACAUUCGGCUCAUCAUCAUACUGCGAUAUCGAAAGCCUUGUAAAUGUUUACAUUUUCAUCAACGUCGUUGUCUUUAAAUUUAAUUUAAAAAGAAACCUUUUCGCGAUAUAUUACUAUAAAUAUUAUACGUUUCACGAGUUCUGCGGCAUGACGCAGAGAGCGACCAGUUUAGUAGCGUUAAAAACUGUUAAAACGAAAAUAAAAAUCCGUAUUUAAAUUUUAUUACAACACAUUAUAAUAUUUGAAUAGUCCUUAUCGAAGUCUAGAUGGCAAAAAUAGUCAGAAAUGUACACGCGCACAUACAGACACACACGCGGGCGCGCACUUUUGUACUACGCCCCAUCGUUUAUUCUAGUUUUCUUUUUUCUUUUUUUUUAUUAUACUUCCCGGAUGGAUAUCAUAUCAUACUAUUAUUAUUAUAUAUAUAUAUGAGAAAUAAUAAUAAUUAUUAUUAUAAAUCAUGUUUGACGGACGGUGUGUUACGGGCAACGAUAGAGUGGGAGGCACAUACAAGGCCCGUUUAAUUUGUUGAUUGAAAUAUACACACAUGCAUCGUGUGUGUACGGUAUACUAAUACUACUAUGACUCCGUAGUCUACUACUACUACUACUACUACUACUACUACUACUGCUACGACGCUACGACUACUAUAUGCGCACACUCUGUAUAUUAUAGUAUUAUAUAUAUUUUAGUAAAGUAUAUAGGAGGGACCCCGUUGUGGCUUUACUGGUAACCCGUCUUAACCAUCUGGCACACAUAUACUGGCAGCGCAUAUAAUCUCUUCCCUGCCCUACCCUCAAUUACCGCCACCUGGAGUCAGUGCAGCACGCGCACCCUUCUCCACCAAACCGCCGUCUAUGUGUACAGAGCUCCCCACUAUAUAAAUAUACACAUGCACGCGCAUAAAUGUAUAUGUGUGUGAUGGUGUAUAAGUGUAUAUCAAAUCAAUAAACACACUCGGGCGAGAGAGUAUAGUAUAACGGGACCGGCCGAGAGCACGGUGAUAUCCCUAUCGAAACCGGGCGCGUUUUUCUCGCAAAUCCCCGAGUCCAUUCGAUUGUAACAGUGGUGAUAAAUACUAUUACGCGCCACUUAAACACGAUAGUUGUUAUUGUUUUUUUUUUUUUUUACGUCCUUAAACAAAUUGUAUAAACGAAAACAACGAACGUCUUUCUUUGAUAUGUAUUUUAUAAUUUAAUUAUUAUAUACUAAUAUGCCACUGCAGGCCGACUGUUGGGUAUAAUAAUAUUAUAGACCAUCAAAAUCGUUUAAACACUAUAAUACGGGUACAUGUAAACAUAGUAAAAACACUAUAUAGGUAUAUACAAUAUUAUGAAAUUAAUUUUGUAAGUUAUUCUUUUUUUUUUAAUAUACGUUAAAAGGACUCGCACUGCCGGUGUCAUAGGUGAAUUUCACCUCCAAGAAGUUUUCCCUUGGGGGAAAGGAGGGUAAAAAUUCGCCAGAGGCACCGGAAUUUUUACUUUAAUUUAGGGUUGUUGGUUCUUCCCAUAAUUAUACCUACCCAUAUCAGUCAAUAGUUACACACCGGGAAAAUAACCAAUACGAAUAGGCGUGCAUCGAAGACUUAUCCCAUCCUGUGCAGAUACAUAUUAUUAGACUAUAGUAUCUAUAGAAUAUAGAUUAUUGCUAUUAUUAUUAAUUGAAAAAACGAUUAAAACAAUAAAAUCGGUAAUUUCACGGCACGCUGGAAAUAUUUUCCAUUUUGCCUAUAAUUUUGAAAGCCUUUUGAAAAAUCAAAAAAUGAUAUGCUCAAUGCGCCAAUUAGAUUUCCUUUCAAAAAAGAUGCUACACUUGAUACAUUGGUGCUACUUUUUAUUUGAAAAUUUCCUCACAGGCACAAAAAAAGACCUAAUACUGAAGAUGAGUGUGGUCACUGUUGUAAAUGGGUAGUUGGGAAGGUAAGGUACAUAAAGUUAUUUAACACCAGGUUUAUUAAACAAAAUAAUUAUUUAUUUUUCAUAAAAUAUAAAUAUUGAAAUAAGAAGCAGUUUUCAUCAUAAAAAUGUUAACUUUUUAUAAUGCAAAUUAUAUGACAUGUUUACUGGAAUUGUGUUUUUAAUUGGACAUAAUCUACUUAUUUAAAAAAAUAAAGCCUGCCGGAUGAAUAUUAUUUUUAAGAGUUUAAUUUAAGUUUUAAGUUACAGAAUUCUAAAAAACUAUGCAUAAUAUAUAAUUUUUUUCCAUUAUCAAGAAAAUAAUUUAUGAGCACAACAAUAAUCGCUACGUGUGGUUUCUGUAUUGUUUAUUAUUUAAACAAAUAUUUAUCCUAGUUUGCUAAGUAAAUAUAAUUCCUUUAUGUUUUAUAUACCACAUUUUCAUAUAUAUUCAAUUUCAAAUAUAGCAUAUACAUUAGUCAAAUUAUUUUACUUGAAUACGCCUUGUAUCGUUUUGUAAUUUUACAAUAUAAAUGUAUCUAGAAAAUCCAAUAUUUUUUUUUUCACGUCUUCGGUUUUAUACUUCUUAAAAAUUAUUUCUGAAUUUCUAAAGUAGUAAAUAUCAAAACAUAUUAAAACCAAUACAUUCCUUUCUAUAUUUAAUUAGUCUAAAUUUACCCAUGUUCGAUCUUUUUGUAAAUAUCAUUUAAUACACACUUUUGUAUUAAAAAAAAAAAAAAAAAAUUAACGACUCGUAUUUUUAAUACCAAAAUCCGUAUUUUUGGAUUCAUAUCUCAUCAUUACCUAUUCAGAAUCUAAAAAUAUAAAAAAUAUAUAUGUACCUCGAACGACACAUUAUUACAAAAACACCUUAACUCAUUUACCUACAAUAUUCUGCAGUGGUGUGGUGAACUAAACAUUUUUAGAGAAAAGUAUUUUUUUAAUACCCAAUACCUGUCUACUUAUAUACAGAUUUAACAUUGGAUUUUUCCAAUUUUCUUAAAAAUUGUCAUAUAAAUAGACUCCUUAAAAAGAUAUUAAAUACGAUUGCCUUUUGAUUAAAUCUUUUGUCACACCAUUGAUUUGUUGAAAAUUGAAUUAUUAUAUUUUUUUUUUUUUGCAAAAUUUAUAUUAAUCAUUAUUAUGAUAAGACAAAAAUUAAAAAAAACAAACGAACAUACUUCGCACGAUGGAUGAGCCAAUGUUGUAGGUAAGAAGUUGGGAAGGUAGAGUGGAAAUUUAAUGUAUAUCUGUUCGCAACAAUUAACCAUUACUAACGAAAAACUAAUCUGAGUGGAAUUCGUGAAUAUAUGUGUUUUGAAAGGUCGUAAUAUUUAUGAUUUUAAAAUAAUUAAUUUUGUAAAUUUUUAAAAAUAAGCAUCAUUGUAAAACACUAAAAUCAAUACAUUCCUCGCUUUCCUCAGAAUCUAAAAUAAUUAAAAACACGAAUAUAUUAAAACGUAAUACGAAUUUUAAUCAUUCAUAAUGCUGUUAUAUUUAUUUAUUCGUUUGGCCAUGAUAAUAAUUCAAUAACUAUGCAUUAUACACAGAAAGAUAAUUUCUAAGGAUUAAAAAACAAAAUUAUUAUUUAAAAUGUAUUUGACCUUUCCUAAGCAAUACAUUUUAAAAACUCUGUUAACAUUUUACAAUUACAUUGAAUGAUUUGAAAUAAUAAAAUUAAUAAAUAUAUUUUUCUUCUACAUAGGUAUUAUAUUAAACCAUUUUGAACAAAAUAAUCAUCAAACAUUUUAAACAAUGACUUUUAAUAGAAAAAAAAAUAGGAAACUUUGACAUUCUUUCAUAUAGGACACAUAGAAUUCCACAGUUGAAAUGCUAUUCUAAAUUCAAGAACAUCUGUUAUUCAACUAAACCAAUAGGGUUACUAUGAAUAGAAUCUUUAUAUGUAAUCAUCACGCAAAAAAUGUGAUAGAAUAUUUAAUCAUAAACGAGGUAGGUACCUACCUAAUUUAAAAUGUAUGACUAUAAAUGAUCCAUUAUAAUAGUAUUACAUAACAAAUAAACAAUGUUACUACUGAACUUAAGGGCGUGAUAACUGCAUGUGUUGUUUUCGUCUCACAAACGUACGACAACAAAUGUCUAUUUAGUAAGAACAACGUUGUGCUAUAAGUUUUAAUAUUAGAGUGAGUAUUAGACCUACUAUUAAACUUAAAGAUAAUAACAAUGUAUUGCAGUUUUAGUGCUAUUUUCUUUAUAUUUUAAUUUUCAGGUGAGCAUUUUUAAACUGUGAUGUUUAACCUACCUAUAUCUCCGUUAAAAAUUAAAUUACCAAACAAAUUGCACUAACGGCAAUAUUUCAAGUACAUACAAUGUUCUUAUAUUUAAGUUUGACAAGAGGUUAAUAAUUCAACUUUCAAAUUAAAAAAAAAUACCUGAUACCGGGGAUGAGAGCGGCCACUGUUGUAGGUCAGAAGUGGGGAUGAUAGGAUACAUACGGUUAUUUCAUUUAUAUCUAUAAGCAAAAAUAAACCAUUGCUUACGAAAGACGAUUCCGAGCGCAGUUUGGUAAUAAAUAAUUUGAAGUGCCGUUAUUUUUUUUUUUACGAUUUUCGGUUAAAUUCGAUUUCAAAACGUUUAUAAAAAAAAAAAUUAAAAGAAAAAAAGUCAUCCGAUGAUUUUAGAAAUUUUACCACGUCUAGGUAAGUUUAAUAUAAGUAUUAUUACCAAGUUUCAAUUAAGUCUCUACGUAUAUUUAUGAUAGAAUUAAAGCAAAAAACUCCCAAAAUUUAAAUUCCUUCAAAGCUCAAAAAUGGCUUAAACAUUUCGGCAAUAAUACCGUAAGAAAGUAAACUAAAAAGGCGACAAAAAAAGUACUUUGAUUUUUCGAUUAAAUAAUUUUUUUUGAUAGAAAACGUCGUCCGUGUUUUUAUAAAAUAAUGAAAUCGUGAAAUUGUACGUUUUCCUACGUAUUUUUUCCCACUUGAGAGCUUUUUUUUAAAAAAUAACGUCAAAAAUUAAAAAAAUACCUUUCUAAAGUAAAUAUAUCUAAAAAAAAAAAAGAGCUUUCAGAAAAUUUGUUAUACGUAAAAAUUGGAGUAAAACUUGUCCACAGACUAAAAAAAAAAAGAAAUCAACAUCUUAGUAAAACCAAUAGCUCCCUCGCUUUGCUCGGAAUCUAAAAUCACAGUACAAUAUUGUCUUUGCUGAAUGCAAGUUUGCUUUGUCACACGUUUGUAGAACGGUGAUAGCAUAAUAUGAGGGUAUCACGUCUCUUCACUGUUAGUUAAAAACAAAUGUAUAAGUACAGUUAAAUGUGGCGAAAAUUGUUACGAACAAUGUGGUCCACAUUGUGGGUUUGCAUUUUUACUCACUACUAAAUCACUCUUCCCUAUCCGUGUUUUUUCGAUUGUCUUUGGAGAAAUGUACCAACAUUUUCUGAUAGUAAUCAUUGCUAUGUUUGUAAUGUGUGAGUGUGUGAUAUAUCACGGCCGUGUUAAGUCAAAACAUGUUGUGAUAUUAUAGUACCUACAAUAUGAUUUACCGCAACUAGUAUGGUCGAUAUAGCCUGAGAACAACAUCCCCAUGUAGAUUUGCGCCCUCUCGACUUUCAAUCGUGUAAUUAUACAAUAUAGUAAUAAUAAUAAUGAUAGUAAAAAAUAUGUAUUAAAAAAAAAAAAAAAAAAAAAUCGAAACGUUCAUUUAGUAACUGUAGUAGAAUAGGGUGAAUUUUGAUAACGGUGGGACUCAACGGACGUUUACCGGCGGAACGCUAUUGUUCAAGCUGCAGCACGUGAACCGCACGCGUUCUGCGAAACACAUAGGCGUAGAAUAAAAUAAUAAAAAAAAAAAUAAUAAUAAUAACAGAAUAAAAACCUCAUGUUAUUGCGGCGGUAAAUGAUUUUAAACAACCCGUUGCCCAAAAAUAAUACAUAUUAUAGAAGGGUGCAACGAAUAAAAAAACUGUGCGCAAAACGUGUACACAAUGUUGUUUUUAUAUAAGUAGGUACAUUAAUUUCGUAAUGGACAAUGCUCAUGUUUACCGUGCGUUAAGAUAUUUUUGGCUUUUUUGUGUUAAGUAUUGAUUUGCAAGAAAAGUUGCAUAACUUUUCAACUAAAGCAAAACACGAAUGAUUUUUUUUACUUAACAAUAAAUUGUUGUCCGGUUUGUACACGGAUUUUUGUCUGCAUUCUACUAGAGGAUAUAUUUUGCAUUCGAUUUCUGCUGUGUAUUUUCGUAUAGAUAUAGAGUAAAGAAAAUGAGUGAAAUGUGACUUCGUAAUUUAUUUGUAAAGUUUUAACGCAUUAUUUAAAAAAUAAUAAGAUGGUCUAAAAUAUCUAAUCUAUAUUAUAAGUAGUAGCUUCAUAUAGAUAUAUAUAUACAAACCAAUAUAAUAAUUAUUAUAAUGAUUAUAAUUAUUACGAUUAUAAUCAUACCUAUAUAAAUUCAAAAACCGAUACGUAUAUAAACAUUAAGUAUAAUAAGAGAAAAUUAAAUUAAAUGUUAAAAUUAAUAGAACCAAACACAAAGUAUUUAUUAGUUUUAAACAUACAUAGUUUGAAAUCCUCCCGAAAAUUGAUAUUGACGGGAAAAUAAACAGUUUACAAAGUAUAUUUUAAAACACAAUUGCGGUAAUGUGGAUGAGAAAUAAUUUUCGUGUACACAAUUUUAGAGUAACAAAAUAUACUUAACUUUAUGUUUCAUUAAAAAUGAAUAUACAUUACAGUAUCUAAAUUUAAUAAUUGAAUUGAAAAUAAAUCAUUAACUAUUAUAAUUUAAUAAUUUAAGUAUCUGUGUAUUUAGUUUUAAUUAAAACCUAGCACUCAACAGUGAAUAUUGAAUACAAUAUUAUUAUACAAACAUUAAAUAUUAAAUAAGUACCUAAAUAAUUAUUAAAUCAUGUCAAAAAUUAGCUUAUAAAUAUAUAUUCUUUAGAAGCUACAUAAAAUACUCUAAGGUAUUUUCAAAUGAAUAUUCGUUGUUUUCUUAUUCUUAUUUCUUAUUCAUGAUUUAGUAAUUAUAAUAUGCAUCAAUAAGUGUUUACUUACAAAACUAUAUAUUAUAAUUUCGUAUUAUAUUAAACAACUGAACUUUAAAGUAUUAAAUUUUAUUUUAGCAGUUUCGAUAGUUUAUGUGUUACACGAAAGGUUGAAUAUUCAAUAUUCAAUUGAAUGUAUGAAUUAAAUUUGUAAAUUUUUUUUUAGAGCAUAGAAAGGAAUAUAUUGGAACUAUGAUGUGUGCUUUUUUUGUGUCUGUGAACAGCUUUUCAAACAGAAAACUUGCUCCAAUUUAUCAAAUAUAGUACCUUUUCUGAAAUGAAAUUUGUUCUGGUUGGUGCACUGAUGAGGUAAUUUUUUGAUUUUUCAAAGGGUUUUCAAAAUAGUUGGAAAAAACCGGAAAGAACAUUUAUAAAAUAUGUUCGGCGUGCCGUGGCGUAUCAAUUUCAUUAGUUUGCCGAUAGACGUUAUAAUUUUUUGCAAGUUUUGUACAUAAUUUUUAUUUGGUAGUUACUUUACGUUUAAAAUUGGUUUAUAAAAACAGAGUUUCUUGAAUAGGAGGUUCAUUAUAAGUCAUUAUUUUUUUAACAAAAGAAAAUAAUAAUAAUAAUUGAGCUUAGAGGAUUUCUUUUUUAGAUUCUGAGCGGAGCGAACAAUUAUGUUUAUUUUAUUUCUCUGUGGACAACUUUUCUAAAAACAAUUUUGAUCCGAUUCACAAUGGUAGCACUUUUUCGGAAAAGGAAAUCUGACCGGAGUUAGACUUAAAAAUUACGACCACAAAAUUACCCUCCCCUCUCACAUGUUUUUUUAUUCUAAAAAUAGCUACAAUUUUAUCACGUUUAGAAAAGGCAAUUAUAAUUUGUAUAUCGAAGUUUCAAGUCCAUAAAGUCCAUACGAAUAUUUUGAACUGAAUUUCAACAAAAAAAUUAAAUUUCUAUAAAUAGCUCAAAUGUUUUGAAAAUAUUACUAUAUCUAAAAAAGGCAAAUAUAACUUUUCUCUCUAAAUAUCUAGUAUCUACGAAUAUGUUUAAGUGAAUCACAACAAAAAACAAAAUUGAAAAUAUUCAAAGUAUUAUUUUCGUACAUUUUCCCCCGUUUUUCCUACGUUUUAUCCCAAUUUUUCCCAGGUAUUAGAAAAACUUUUCGGAAAAUUAAAAAAUGAUCACCAUAAUGCUCCAUAUAAACAAUUUUUUUUUUCAGUAAAGGUGCUUCACUUAUAUAUCAAAACAAAAUUUCUAGUAGAAAUUUUUUUCACAGUAUAAAAAUAUUAAAUGCAAAAAUUCUAAAACCAAUACAUUAUUCGCUACCCUCCGAAUCUAAAAGAAAGUUGAUUGUAAUGUAUUAAAUAGUUUUUUUUUUUAUAGACGUUUUAAAUUCAAAUUUUUAUGAACAAAUGAUAUCGUAAAAAUCAAGGAAUUUCAGGAUAUAUUUUACAGAAUCAUUUAUUGUUAGCAAUGAUUUAUCGUUAUAUAUAGAUAUUAUAAUUAAAUAUCGGUGUAUGUAUUUUACGUUCCCUGCAGGUUUUUUUUUAUGAUACGCUUACUCUUUGAAUACCUAUUUUAUUUGAAUAGAAAUACAUAUAUUACCUUUCACGUGAAUAUUAUACUUAUGUGAAAAUCAUUUAAGUACCAAUUUAGUCACGUGAAAAGGACUUUACAAAAUAAUACAAAUUUGUAUUUAUCAUUUUAAACAUUUAUUGCAUUUUAUUAUAUUUAUUCAAAAUUCAAUAUUCUAAAAAUAUAUUAACUUUCUGAUUCAUUUAAAAACUUGUUUACAAGUGAAUAGUAUUUUAUUUCGAAUGUGAUAUUUCUGUAAUUAUUACGAUACACCUUUACGAUAUUACUUUUCCAUAUGUUUUAAUUAAUACAUAUAUAUAUAUAUUAAUAUAUACAUUAGUUAAACAAGUAGGUAUAUAAAAACACAUAAAAAAAAAGAGAUGAUACUGGGGACGGAUGCAGUGACUGCUGUGGGUGGAUUGUUGGGAAGGUAGAAUACAUAAAGUUAUUUAUUUAUCCUCUAACCAACAAUAAACGAUUCAGAAUAUUAAUAUUAUAAUUAUAUAUUAUAUUUAUAUUAUGUAAUAUUUACGAUUUUCAUCGAAAUUUGAUUUUAAAACUUAUAUAUAAAAAAAAAAAUGCGACAUUAUACAUUCGAUUUUUAUACUACUAAAUACGACUUAUCAUUAUAAUGGUCCACCUGUCCAACUUUUUAGUAUUUCUGUUAAGUUUAGUAAUUGUAUAUACAGAGUACCUACCAAAUAAAAAUUACAUCCAAAACUCGCAAAAUUAUAAUGUCUAUAAACAGCUCAAAAAUGGCACAAAUGUUUUGAAAAUUUUAACACUUGUAGAAAAAGCAAAUAUAAGUUUUUUGAAGAAUUUCAAUUUUUUUCGAAUAUUUUUAAGUGUAUUACCUUAAAUAAAAAAAAAAAAUUAAAUAAUAAAAGCAUUAAUUUCGUAAAUUUUCCGGUUCUUUCUGUGUAUUUUCAGUUUGAUUCAAUUAUUAAAAAAACUACAAAAAAAAAAAAAAAAAUCAAAAAACUACUUUCUUAGUUACCAACUAGAUUAAAAAUCCAACAAAAAAGGUUGCUUAUUGUUUUUAUAUUGAAGUAACAAAAAUUGUAGAAAUCAUUAGUCCUUAAAAAUUUAAAAUAAUGAAUUCGUUGCGCAGUAAUUUGAAAAAAUCUUAUUUUUUAGGUUUUUCUAAUUAUUUACAAAAACUACUUUUGAUAUCGAAAAACAACUUAAUCUCUCAAUUGAGAAAUAUUAUAAGGAACAAAAUCGAUCAUUUGUCAUUUUAUGAUUGGAGUAAUAUUUUUAGUAUGAAACAUCGUGUAAACAAAUUAAAAAGAAUGAAAACGAUAACACCGCGGCGUGCCGUAAAUAUUUGCCGUUUUACCUAUAAUUUUCUUUUGGCUUUUCCCAAUUUAUUCGAAAACCCCUUGAAAAACCAAAAAAAUAUCUUCUUAAUGCACUGAUUAGAACAAAUUUCUUUUCAAUAAAAGAUUGUACUCUAUACAGCAAGAUUUCUUUUCGAAAAGUUUUUACAUACAGAAAAAAACAUACAUCAUAGUAAAAUUAAUAGAUCCCUUGCUACGCUCCGAAGCUAAAAUUGAAAUAAAUUGAGUUUGAAAUAUUGUUAUAAGUUAUAAAACUCAGGAGAAUAUAAUUUGUUUCGUGAAUCAAGCUGUACGAAAAAUAUUAUUGUAUAGUAUAAUUUCAACCAACAUUUCGAAAUACAUAUUACUAUAUUUUACAAAAUAAUUAUCAGUUUGAUUAUAAAAGUAUAUAGGUAGGUACAAUAUUAUAAUUUUGUAUUAUUUAGUUUCCCACAUAUAUUUAUAUGUCAAAUCAUAUUCUGAAAAAUUGUUUCAUUCUUAACCUAGUGACGAGAAUUUUGUUUAAACUUAACACUACUUUGAUGUCAUAAAACGAUUUCGAGGUAGUUUUUCCAAUUACUCUUUCCAUAGUUUGUGUUCCGAACCACGUCCACUAAUUUAAUUUGGUACACUCGCCUGAGGCUGGAGAGCACUUCAACUAGCCGCAGCCGUAUAAAGGCAACAAAAAAAAAACAAGAGAAAGAAAGAAGAAUAACUGUUUUUGAAUCACGUGCCGAACCGAUCCCAAGCGCAAAUAAUAAUUAGGUUUGAUGGAUAUCAGCCAUCGCACACUCUUGGGGUUUAACCGUGCACGCGACCUGUCCCUGUUCCCGUGCACCGCCGACAAUUCCGCUUUUCCCUUGGGGAUUACAUUGUGAAAUUAUCUAACGGUUUAUAUCCGCAUUAUAAUCUUUUAUCCUUAUGCAUAGGUUUCCUUCUUUUUUUCAUAUGUCUCUUCUUCUCUUUUUGGGCAGUUCACUUUGUGUAAGACUUCCCGCUGGUAUUAUUAUUGUUAAGGCCCUUUGAAACAGCCGAACAGUUUCUGAUUAAAUUUUGGUUAACCUAUUAAGUUAUACGAAUGAUUUUAGAAAGAAACUAAACUGACAUAAUGAUUAUAUUUUUCUAUUUCAAGAGGGUAGUGUAGAAAGUAACUUGGUAGGUAAUCCAAUAAUUUUUUUUUUUUUUUUUGAUUAACAUAACAGUCCGCGGUGACUAAAGCCACAUUAAAGACAUUGGACGUAACAAUUCUUUACAUAAUGAAGAUAUUAAGAUACAUAGAUAAAUUAUAGAUUAAAGAAGAAUUGAAAGUAGUUAGGUUACAUAGGUUAUACAUAUUAAAAUAUGGAAAAAUUGUAUUUGUACAAUUUGAUGUAGUACGGUUAUUUGAGGGGUCCGUUACACUAGAUUGAUCAGAUGUGUCGCCGAAAAAAAUUGGCAGAGCUUGAUGGUGUUGGAUUGUAUAGGGUUUAGUGAUUCUACAAGGUGGUCAGAUAUUUACAUAUUUCCUCUCUCCGUGCUGUACACAUCGCAUUCCGCGAGAAUGUAUUUGAUGGUGAGUGGGACCCCGCAGCGUGUGCAGGAGGGGAGGGGGUCUUUUUUCUUCAUGAGAUUUGAGUGGGUAAGUCGAGUAUGUCCAAUUCUAAGGCAGUUUAUAGCGGACUCAAAUUUGCGCAGUAUAUUGAUGAGGAAGGUCCAAGGACGUAUUGUUAUUUUUAUUUAAUUAAGUUUGGUAUUCAUUAUGUGCCAUUUGUUCUCCUAUAGACGGAGUGUAUCAAGUCCAAUAAAUUAUGUAUUUAUGAAAUAAUAUAUUAUAAUCAACAGAGAAAAUGUUCACACAUAAGUCAUAAUUAAAAUGUCUAUAAAUAUCUCAAAAAUGGCAUCUAUGUUUUGAAAAUCUUACCACGUCUAUAAAAGACAAAGACAAGUUAUCUGAACAAAUGUCAAGUUUAUACGUAUAUUUUUAACUGAAUCAAAAAAAAAAAAAAAAAUAAAAUUUCGCUUGACUUUCUACAUACUUUUUGGUUUUCAACAGAAUACAUCGUUUGUAAAAAUUAAAAUAAUUAAACUGGAAAUCUACGUCGCCUUUACUACGUUGCCGUUAAUAUUAAUGAAGUUUAAUUUGUUGUUUUUCCCAAUUAUUUUAAAAACUAUUUUGAAUAUCAAAAAAUGAUUUUAUUUUUCAGUGGCUGUAUACUAAAAGGAACAAAGUCGAAAUUUGGUAAUUUUUCUCUUGAAGCAAUAUUUCUAGUAGAAAACAUAAGCUGCAAUAAUUAAAAACAAUGCAAUCGGUAACGCUGUAGCUGACCAAAAAUAUUUGUUAUUUUAUCUAUUUUUCCUUUCGUGAAUUUUCCUAAUUAUUUUGGACCCCUUAGAAAAUCAAAAACUGAUUUCCUCAAUGCAUCGGCUAGAUAAAAUCUCCUUACAGAAAAGGUGCUACACUUAAGAUUUCAGAGCAAUAUUUUUAAUAGAAAAGUUAUUCACUAACAGAAAAAAUAAAAAAAAAGCUAUCCUAGGAUAAUGGAAAUGGAUACAGCCACUGUUAUAGAUAAUUUAAUGUAAGCUACGACAAACCACUUCUAACGAAAAAAUAAUUCUGAACCGGAGUUCAGUUGAUGAGGUAUACUCAAUUGUUUAAAGUAUAUUAUGAGGUGAAAAUCCGUAUAUUUUAAAGUAUAACAUCAAAAAAUCUAAGCCUAUUUAUUACUAACAAAAAAAAUAUUUUCCAAGAAAAAGGAAAAACACGCAUCACAGCCCAUAGGUAAUAAAACCAAGUACUAUAAAUGAUAAUAUUCGAGAAAGUCAAUAGUAAUGAGACGAUAACCAGUGCCUUCAGUAUCACUAUUGGUGGUCUAUCUUUGCCUGUCAUUAUUAUUUGUGAUCAUUAAUAGUAUAAUAUAAAAAUAAUUGAAGACACUUUCAAACUUAUCAAAUUGUGUUAAAUAUUUACAUAAUCACUUAUAAAUUACAUGUAUUACAUUUAUGCAAAAUAAUUUUCACGUAGGUAAACGAAAACAAGUAUUGGUAUAUUUGUAUGUAACAGUAAUUUAUUAUAAUAUCAGUAUGUAACACAAGUAUAAAUUUAUCAUAUUUUAAAAAUUUAACAACUUUUUAUUUAAUUAAAAAAUAAUGAAAUAUUAUAACGUACCUAAUGUAUUUAAAUACAAUAAUUAAGAUGUUAAUGUUAAUAAUAAUAAUAUUAGUAAAAUAAAUAUUUAUUUUUAUGAACGUGUAUAUUUUUUAUAUAAAUCUAAAAUCAAUAAACGAAAAUAAUAAUAAUAAGGGACAUAGGUAGGUCGCACCAAUAGUUAAUCUAACGGCUUCGUCUUUCUAUGUUCUGGCCACUGCUAAUAUCAUUGUCUUUCUUGUAUUAUCAAUUAUAGUUUUUGGUUAACAUAUUAGUUACUUUGCUGCACUUUGUAUCUAAAAAUUUCGAUGUAAAGAUUUAUCCUUAUUGACAGUGUUUUUAUUAUGUUAUCUAGAUAUUUUUUGUAGGAAAUACCUAUAAAAGUGCAUGCAUGCAGUUGAUGCAUAUUGAUUGAUGAGCUAUUUAGAUCAAGGAAUAUUAAUACACACUUGACACACUAAUAAAACAUAUUUAUCUUUCGGGAGAAUACGUAAAUAAUAAUGAACAGGUGGCACGAUGAGAUGCCGUACGUUUAACCAUUUAUAACAUAAUUUUUCAUAUAAAUAAUACAACAAAAGCAAUAAAAGCGAAUAAAAAAAAAAAAAAAUGAAUAAUAAUAAUAAACAUAAGUCAUCGUCGUCAUCGAACGCGUUCGUGGACAAUCGUCAUAAAAACAUAUAUAUUACAAAAAGGCAGUUUCACAAUAAUACAAAUGUGACUUUAUCGGCCAUCUGUCGUAUAUUAUUCGCACUAGCUGCUGGCUAUACCGUAUAUUGGUAUAUAUACUAUAUAUCCCUUUUGUUCAUGGGUCUGCAUAAUUCCUCUAAUGCGCUUGGCAAUAGCGGCAACGCCACACUGACUGCAGUAUAACACGACAAUAUUGUUAAAAACUAUCAGUUACCAAACGCCUCACCGCGUCACCGCACAACCUUCACUGCCACAGGGUCCAUUACACAGGCGCCGCCCUUUUGGAAUACUCUCGUAACAAACAAUCACAUUCGGAAAUGUAAUUUUAGUCUUCUGCACCCCUCCCCCCUCACUCCGUUUUCUAUUAAAGUAUUUAGACGUAGGCGCCGUUACACUAAAUACAGGUCAUAUGUGAAAAAGAUGAUUGAAUAUACCUCCCUUACCACGCCAUUCCCACCGAAAUGUUAGAUUUUUUUUACGAAUUAUUCUUGUGAUACUUAUAUUCGUAUAAUUUGUAUUGUAAAUUAUAGACGUUUCCUUGUUAUUUCGAAUACGUGUCGUCGAACAAAUCACCUAUUUUAUUAUUUACGGUAUCUCAAAAACUUGUUUGAAAAUUUGUUUGAAAUUCAUAAAAAUGCACCACUGAGUACAUAUAUUAUGGUACGAAUCAUGUGUACAUUGAUAGGCAAUUAUAAACCAAAAUAGCAUAUAUAAGAAAUGCUAAUACUGGGAACCGGUGUGUCACUCAUGUGAAUAGAAAGUUAAGAAGAUAGGAUAUAUUAAGUUAUUUAAUUUAUAUCUGUACGCAAAGAUAUACUAUUGGAGCGGACUCGGAGCGAAGUUCGGUGAGACAUAUUUUGAAAUUGCGUAACUUUUACGAUUUUAGUAAAAAUUUGUUCUUGAAACGCUUAUGAAAAAAAAAUUAAUGCUUUAAACUCACACUUGUUUUUUAGAUCACCAAGUGUAACUUAUAAUGUAUUUUGUGCUAAAUUGUCAAGCAUUUAUCUUAAGUCGUAUAAUUUUAAUGACAGAUUCCUGUCAAAUAAUAGUACAGAUAAAAACACGAAAAUAUCAUAUAUCUAUAAAUAACCUAAAAAUAAUUAGAAUAUUUUGAAAAUUUUAUCACAUCUAUAAAAGUCCAAUGUAAUUUUUUUUUUUUAACUAUUGGUAUCUAUAACAACUUUUUACCGAAAAACAACAAAAAACACCAAAUGCCGUACAUUUUGCAGUAUUUCUUACGUUUUUUCCAUGUUUUUCGUAAUCAUUAAGAUAACUAUAUGAAAAAUUAAACAACGACUUGCUUAGGUACAACAAACUAAACAAAAUUUUCUUUUUGAAAAUAUGCUAUUCUUAAAAUUUGGAUAAAGAUUUCUGGUAGACAAAUAUAAUCUUAAAAAUAAAAGAGCUAAUACUGGAGAUGAGCGUUACCACUGUUGUAGGUGGGUAGUGGGGAAGGUAGGAUAUAUUAGGUUAUUUUAUUUAUAUCUGUAAGCAACGAUAACUCAUUGUUGACGAAAGACAAUUCUGAGCGCAGUUUGGUAAUACCUAAUUUGAUGUGCCAUAAUUUUUUUUAACCUUAUCUUCCUAAGUUUUUUCCCGAUUAUUAUGAAAACUAAUUCAAAAAUCAAAAAAAAACGAACUACACCAUUAAAAACAAGAUUAAUAGUUUAACAAAAAAGAUGUCUUAUUGUUUUUCAAUAGGACUCAUAUUUGUGCUGGAAAACGUGGUAGGUACUUAUUUAAAAUAACGAAAUCGCGAAAAAAUCGUACUUUUUCCCAGUUGAUCCUUUUUAUUUUAAAUACCGUUUUGAAUAUCGAAAAAUGACCUAUAUGUUUAUCAAGUAGACAAAAUUAGCUUUCAGAAAAAUUACUACACUUAUAUUAAGGAAGUUUUUUAGGAUAAAAGUGGUCUACAAAAAAAAAAUAAGUAACAUUGUAAAAAAAUUUAAAUAAGGGAAAAAAGUUGUCCGAUGAUUUUGAAAAUUUUACUACGUUUAAGUUAGUCUAAUAUAAGUAUUAUUACCAAGUUUCAAGUAUAUAUGUGUACUUAUAAACAAAUUACAACAAAAAACUUCCAAAAGUUAAAAUACCUUAAAAGCUCAAAAGUGGCUUAAACAUUUUGGCAAUGAUACUGUAAGAAAGUGAAUAAAAAAAGAAACAAAAAAUGUGUUUUGUAAUUUUUCGAUUAAAUAAUUUUUUCUAGUAGAAAACGUCGUCCGUGUUUUUAUAAAAUAAUGAAAUCGUGAAAUUGUACGUUUUUCUAGGUUUUUUCCCCACUUAAGUCCUUUAUUUUUUUAAAAUGAUGUCGAAAAUUAAAAAAAUGACACGUGUAAAGUAUUAUUUAGAUAACUUGAGUUUUCAAAAAAGAUGCUGCACGUAAAAAUUGGAGUCAUUUUACUAAGAAAAAAUGUGUCCACAGACUAGAACACAGAAAGAAAGAAAAAAAUAAACAUCUUAGUAAAACAAAUUGCUCCCUCGCUACGCUCGGAAUUUGAAAUGUUAAAUAAUAAAACCGUUGCACUGUUAUUAUUUGAAAAAAUUGUAUUUUUCGAUUUUUUUUUUUGAAUUUUUUUGUUUUUCUUAAUUAUUAUGAAAAUUACCUUAGAUAUCAAAAAAUAACUUACUUUUUCAAUGGCUAUAUAUUAAAAGGAACGAAAUCGAUCUCUCGUCAUUUUCAAAUAUUUCUGGUAGAAAAAAUAAGUUGCAAAAAUUAAAAACAAUGAAAUCGGUAAUGCAGUGGCGCUUUGUAAAUAUUUGUCGUUUUACCCAUAAUUUUAUUUCUGUUUUUUCCCAAUUAUAAAAACCCAUUGAAAAUCAAAAAUAUAUUCCCCUAAUGCAGCAAUCAGAUGACUUGCACACUUCGCAUGAUUGGUGGGCCACUAUUGUAGGUGAAAAGUUUAGAAGAAAAAAUUUAGAGGGGAAUUUAAUGUAUAUCUAUAUGCAUUGUUUAAUCGUUGUUAACGAAAAAUGAUUUGGCGUGAUGUUCGGUUAAACAUGUUUUAAGAAGCUGUAAUAUUUACAAUUUUUUUUAAAAUUUGGUAUUAAAAUUCUUAUAAAAAUGAAAAUACUACAUUAAACUUAACUUUUUCUUGUUAAACACUAAACAUAACUUAUAAUAAAUUUCCUGUUAAACUUUUAAUUAUUUCAAAUUGGUCUAACAAUUUUAUCCACAGAGUACUUACCGAAUAAAUAUUACGUAAUAAUCUCGUAAAAUUACAAUGUCUAUAAAUAGCUCAAAAAUGGCUUAAAUGUUUUGAACAUCUUACCUAGCCUAUAAAAAGAAAAUAUAAGUUAUCUUAUAAGAUAUCCAUUAAGUCUCUAUGAAUAUUUUUAACUCAAUUACAACAAAAAUACAAAAUAUAUUGUGUAUGGUUUUAAUGGGACUACUAAAUUAUUUGGAAUCAAAUAAUUAAAUUAUUAUCAGUGACGUAUUGGGGGGGAGGGGUAAGUGGAGGCGAUCGCCCCGAGCGGCAUUUUGAUUGAGGCGGCCUUAGAUUUUUACAUAACCCAUUUUCUGUUAAUGAAAAUGAAAAAUAAUAUAAAUUGGUUAAUAUUCUAAUAUUGUAACGUCUGGCUGUAGAGUAUAGACAAGAUAUGAAGGAUUUGGAGACAUAUACUCGUACGUAAAUAUUGCUUAGUGCAUUAAAACAAAUUAAAAGUUAUUUGCGGUCGAAAAUGACUAAUGAACGACUAAACAGUAUUGCCAUAUUAAACAUCGAAUCUGACAUUACAAAAAGUUUAAAGUAUGAUGACAUAAUCAAUGAGUUUAGUUCCUUUAAAGCUUGAAAAAAAAAUGAAAAUUGUAAAUAUUUAUUGUUUUGUAAUUAUAGUGACAAAACUUAUUUUAUAUUAUUUAGUUUAUAUAGUUUAAAUCUGUUUUCUUUUUUUACUAACUUUUGUUCUAAAAAAGGUAAUGAUAACAAGUGAUCAGAAAGUAAGUUCUGAGACGCUCGGUAGGGGGAAAAAGUCAAAUAAUUUUUUUUUUUGGGGUGUGGGGGAGGGUGGAAAAAAAUUAGCACCCGGACCCCAAAUUUCUGAAUACGUCUUUGAAUUUAUUACUGAUUUGAGUGAUUAAUAAGAAUAAGAAUAAUAAGUAUUACACAUAUUAUUAGACAUUUAGGUAGAUACUUAAUUGAAUUUUAGAGGGGUUAUUUUAAUGAGAAGCAAAAAAAAACAUCACUUGUAUUAUAAUAUAUAUCAAUACAUUGCAGUAUACUUAUUCGUUGUCAAAACUUAACCUUCUCAAAGUACAUUUCGGAUAAAAUUUCCUUUUAGAAAAGGUGUUUCACAUAAAAAUCGGAGAAAAAGUAAAACGAAUACAUUUUUCACUCCACUUAGAAUCUAAAAAAGUUUUAUUUAUUAAAUAUAUAUUCAAUGGUAUAAAAAUUGUUUUUUUAUUCGAAUCCGGCUUUUAAAUUUUCACUAUUGAUUUAUUAGAUAAUACAACAGAAGAAUAUUUAAUCGUGAAUCAUGAAUAAUAAUUUGAUCAUAUUAUUUUCUACAUCUCAAUUUCAUUAAACUUCUGGGACAACACGCUGCUGAUUAUUACAAUACGUUAUCAGCGUGUUAUUAUUGUUAUUUUUGUUUUUGUUAUGUAAUUGUAUAAUGCAUCAGGAUCAGGAUGGAAAGUAUGUAUAACAAUAUACCUAUUAAACAUAUAUCUUAUAAAUAGGUAUUAGGUGAAUAGGAAAUUUGCAACGCUGAAAACCCCGAGUCCCAAACGGGUAUAAUUAAUGUUUAUAGGUACUCGUAGAUAAGUAUAGGUAAACGUUUAGAUGUAGCAUAACGACAGUGAUGCGCAAGAACGUUACUAAACGUUAUGACGUAUUAUAUCUUGGUAUUAUAGGUACCUACAUCUGCUACCGGCCGAAAAUGCGUAUUUACAGACCCAAUAAUUCGAGUGGUAAUGCCUAUGACGCACUUGUAAAUACGCGAUCCUCCGUGGAUUUUCAUCAACUAGGACUUGGUUUGUAUUGGUUUACACUUACCACCUUCCGCGGAAGUUUAUCGAGUGUGGACCGACAAUAUAUUAUAAUACGCCCAUAUGUUGUUUUAAACCCCCUAAAAUCUUUACUCUUAAAAACUUAAAGACUUAAACUUAAACUCUUAAAAUCGGCUGUCGGUUACGUUUCGGCUACUCGAGCCAAACUCAGAUAAUGUAAUAGGACCCGUAAAUACGCUGUCGGGAAACAAUAAAAACCAACCCCUCGGAACAUCACGAAUACACCGACGUGUAUAAAUAUAAUAUAUACCUACGUCAAUACCUACGUCAUACACACACACACACGAACGUAUCACACACACUCGAAAUUUCAUAAAAGUAUGUACGUCUGUACCGCGUGUAAACACGUAUACUUCAUAUACAUAAAAUAUAAUAAUGUACUAUAUACGUGACUGUAGGUGGAAAUCAUUUUUCCUCUUUCAUUCGUUUUUUUUUUCGUUUUUUACACUUCUGAAACCACCGCGGCACCCGUAUACACACAAUUCUCAAUGGCUCGAAGAACCCCGGUAGACUUUUCGCGGAUUACCUAGCUGCAGCUCUCCCGGAACGAGUUAGCGUGUGUGUGUCGUGUACGAGACGGCGGCUGUGUGCUCCGACCGGAGGGAAAAUGGGCCGGGUACGUCGCCUCGUACGCGCGCGCGUGCUUAUAUAUAAUACUAUAAUGAUAUAUAAUAAAAUACACAACACGCGCGGCUGUCGGUUGGCGCGUACGUGCAGGAUGGCACUGUAGGCGGUGGCGGCCGUUUACCGUAUUGCCGCGGCGGCGGAGGGUUGUCACGUCGCCGCGGACCGUGUCGUGCGUGCGCGCGGGGCGGUGCCUGCACGACGGCCCGUCACAGGGUGUGGUCGGCGGUUGCGAAUCGAAACCUUGCGCUACGUACCGUGGUCCCCGUCCCCGGCAUAUCGAUCCUACGUAGACACGGUCGCGCUCGGUAUCUUUGUUACGAUAAUAAUGUUCUCUGUCCCUCUGUCCGUCUUUUGCACAAAGCACCGCACGCGCUCGCGUGCGCACACAAAUACACACACACAAACACACACACACACAUGUGCGCGCAUUAGUCCCACGCGCGUGCGUCCACUACCCUGCCCCGUAGAGUUUCGACAACGGGCCAAGUCACAGUGCACAUAGAGUAUUGUGUUCGGUCGCAGUAAACACGUACCCGGUAUACGUGACGGUUGUCGUUCCUCUACAGCUCAGUUAUUCUGGAGUUUUUAUAUUAUUAUUAUUUUAACACAAAUAUAACGUUUUUUUUUUAUUUUUAAUCCAACCCUCUCCCCUCUCCAAAGUUCGUCUCUUAAAAGUUAAUUCAAAUUUUUGUCGUUGUUUGUCCUCACAUCGCUGCGCAUUGCGGUUACACGUUUACCAUAUAAUAUUAUAAUAUAUAGCUAAAAAUAUUCAUAAUGAUUAUGCACCGAUGACAUGUAGUAUGACGUUUGUUUCGACGGCCGAAAAUGAUAGAUUCGUCUUUGCACGUAGUCAGCAAUGAGGAAUCAGACACGGCCGAUUGGCUACCGAAUUCGUUUUUGAGAUUUUUUCAACAGGAUCUCAACAACAUACCUGUGAAAAUUUUAGGUACGUGAAAUGUAUACAGUGUAUAUUUAUUUUAAUAUAGGUAUAGGUAAAUUAUGUAGCCUAUAUUAUAAUAUUGUUAUUUCAAACAUCAUAAAUCGUAACCAGUGGCGUGCGCAGGGGGGAUUAGAUUAUACCCCUUCCCUUAGCUUAAAACAUAAAAAAAAAUAUUAGUAAUCUAAUGUCGAAAUGUAUUUAUUUCAGCCAAGUUACGAGGAAAAACUUGACGUAGUAUUGAUUAGAAAUUGACUUUUUUUUAGGAUCCGGCUUUUAAAUUAUCAAUUCCCACAGUCAAUUUGGACUGUACAGAAGACGAAUUUACGAUUUAUUCAUGAUUCUUAUUUUCUACGUCCCCUCCCAUUGAUAAUUCCUGGGCACGUCACUGAUCGUAAUCAUUUACUUAUGUAAGAACGAUAUUUUUUCAUACGAAUAUUUGUGGUGUAGUGAUGUACGCAUUAUAAUUUAUGAUAUUAUAUUAUUAUUAUUAUGUUUGACUCGUUUGAAUAAUGUCGUAAUAUUGUUUGAAUUGAUAUGUUUCGUAAGUUAAUAUUUGAAACCAUAUUAUAAUAUUAAUAUAUUUUUAACUAAAAUAUGUGAAAAAGUAUACAUGAUUACACAUAUAGUUGUUUAAAUAUAAAAAUAAGGUUAAUGUUCUCUUCAAAAACAUAAUAAUAUAAUUAUUAUAAUUAUAUAAUUUAUAUAAUGUAUACUCAUACAUUAUAUAAACAUUAUUGUUAUCAAUACAAAUGUCUUUCUCGCAACUUAUUAUUUUGUAGUUUUAUUUCUACCAAUUUCACACACUAAUCCAAUUUUUCUUUGAAAUACCUUAAAAGUCACUAUUUGGCAUGGAUAUUAUUUUUAAAGUGUAUUAAAUUAUAAUCCGUAUAAGGUAUAACUGAAUUGUGAAAAAAUUUUGCAUAAUUAUAGCUUCCUUUGUGUGAAUAUUAAAAAAUAUUAUUACUAUAUAUUAAAUGAAUCAUCAGUAAUUUAUUAAUAUGAUGUAUACGCGUACAGACGUCACUGUAAGUGACCUACAUAUUAUUAUGCUUUUUAACAACACGGGGAACUUCAGAAACCUUAGAAAAAAUUUAAAUUUGGUCACAGAAUUUCGACAACUAACUCCUCAAUUAACGUGAGACGAAUUUCUCUGUAUUCUCCAGUUUUCUUUAGCUUUUCGAAUUAUAAUAACCUUUUCUGAGUUCCUAAUGUCCACAUCAUGUAAAACGUCAAAACAGACGUUACAAGACUAACUCUUGUAAAGUCUGCUUUGAACACUUGGAUUACAUUAAGUUAUGGAAUUUUGACAUAAUUUAAAGUAUUUUAUUCUGCAGUUCUGUCUUUUCUCGGAGUUUUUUGUAAUAAUAAAAAAUGGAUUAAGUCGUCAUUACUAACAUACAUUUGUUAUUGUACAUUUUCCACUGGUAUAAAUAGGGUUGGGAAUAGUUGAUAAAAUAAUGAACUUGCUUCCUAUCACAACAUAGUAGUAUCUAAAUGACCGAACAGACCGAACAAUGGCAUUUAGAAGUGAAAACCACUGCAGCCAUCGUCACCAUCUCAAUAAUAAACUUUCAAAAUUUAAAACACUGGCCUCCACAUAAAAAAAAAAAAAAAAUACACAAAUUUUAUCAAAGAAAAUAUUUAAUUAUUUUACCAUAAUUGACAUUAUAUAAGUAUAAACUGUUGACAAAGCAACACUAUUAACCAAACUCCGCUCAGAAUUAUUUUUAGUUAGUAAUGGUUAAUUAUUUCGUACAAAUAUACAUUCAAUUUCCCCUCUAUCUUCCCAACUUUUUACCUUCAGCAGUGUCCCAUCUAUCGUGCGAAACGUAUGUCUGUAUCUUUUAUAUUUUGAAAGCUUGUUGAAGUGGCGGCGACUGCUGUGGUGAUCUCCAUUUCUAAAAGUCUCUGUUCAGUCAAUUUUCAGUUGCAGUACUUCUUUUUGUAACAUUUUGUUCUUCAAUAUGAUGCUACCUACUUUAUCGCUUUUACGUUGUACGAUUUUCCCUCUAACCUAUAAUUAUAAAAAAAAAAAUUACUUUCUGGAUGAUCUUCGUAUGUAGGAAUUUGUAGACGUCUAGGUCAAUUGUCAAAAUUGACUUAUUGAUUUAGAAUUUGAUCUAUUCAAAUUAAAUAUUACCCCACCGCUUAUUGGUUAAAAUAAAAAUUCUUAUGAUAUAAAAUAUAUAUUAUUACUAUUUACUAUUGCUACCAAUAAAUGUUCGAAAUAAAAUCAGUGUUAUGUUAUAAUUAAUUAGCUAUUCCGUCCGGUGUUGUCUGUGAGAAAAAAAAAUGUUAAUUUUAGAUUCUAAGUGGAGCGAGGAAUGUACUGGUUUUACAAUGAUAUUCAUUAUUUUUUUUUUUUAUCUAUGCAGAAACUUUUCUACGAAUAAUAUUAUUCCGAUUUACAAUUAUAGCACUUUCUCUGAAAGGACUGUGAUAGUAAUCUAGGGAGGUCAUUUUUUGAUUUUCUCAUGAGUUUUUGCCAAAAUAUGGAGUAAAACAGGGGAAAUAAAUACAAUAUCAAACAAAUAUUAAAGAAAACAAAUAAUGGAGUUUUUGUAAUCAAUGUAAUCAUAUAUAAUUUUUUUACUAUAAUGUAACACGUAUAGGUAUUGUUGAUAAACCAACACUAUCAACCGAACUCCGUCCAGAAUCGUUUUUGCAAUGGUCAAUCGUUUUACAGAUAUGUUUUAGAUACACAUUUAAUAACCCUGUGUCACCCCCCCCUUAUUUAGAAUGUAAAAAUAGGAGUAAGUAGCCUAGUUAUUACUCCUGAUAUAGAACUACAUCUGUGUGUAAAGUUUCAGUUUAAUCCGUUUAAUAGUUUGGCCGAGAAGUGGUAAUAACAAACAUAUAUCCAUACACCUAAACAAACUUUUACAUUUAUAGUGUAGUAGGGUAUUAGUAUGGUAUAGAAUAUCAUAAACACAUUUUUCUCAAGGAUACACAUAAUGAUUUCAGCAUAAUAAUAUGAAAUAUGGAUUUACCUUUAUAUAGAAAAUUACCGUUAUACACUGUUUUUAUUUAUUUUUUCAGCUAGUAUACCCAAGUGCGGUGGCUGUCAAGAAUUAAUUUUGGAUAGAUUUAUUUUAAAAGUACUGGAACGUACUUGGCACGCUCGCUGCUUAAAGUGCAACGAGUGUGGAGCUACAUUAGCCGACAAGUGUUUUGCCAGAAACGGAAUGCUGUUUUGUAAAGACGACUUUUUUAAGUGAGUACAGAUUAAAUAAGAAUGAAGAAGAAACAAAUAUAAUUUAAUAUAUCUGUAGAGUUAUUCAAUAUUAAAUAUACAUUUAAGUGGCUAUAAUCGAUAUUUUGAAAAAGCAUUGACUUUUUUUAAAAAUAAUUGUUUAACAAUUUAAGAAAUAAGCAGAAAAUAAGCAGCUCUAAAAUGUUACAUUAAAUUUAUUACCCUUAUUUUUGAGGGUGAAACGACUACCCAAUUUUGAUUAUCAAAUUGCAAUCUAUAUUCACAACUCUAUAAAUAGAUGAAGUAUUAGUUAAAAUAAAUGUUGACGCCAAUUAAAGCCCUUACACUUAUGUUCGAGGAUGUCCUUAUCACACUAACUAUAAGCGAAUGAUAAUUUGUCUGAUUCAAUUCUCCAAGAUAUAAGACAUACAAUUUCUUAGAGUAUAUGUAUAGAAAAAAAACAUAUAAUAAUAAUGAAUGCUAUGAGUGUAUUAUUGGAUUAAUUAUUGUACUCAGUAUCAUUUAAAAUAAAUGUUGUGACAUAUGGAAUUAUCUUUCUCUUUACGUAAAACCAGAGUCCGGAUUAACGUAUGAAUAACGUGCCAAGUGGUAGGCAAUCGUAGAUGAUGGUAUAUUUUGUUCUAGUUAUACACACUAUUACACUAGUAACUUAAAAUUAAAAUUAAAAACUAAUUAGGCAUAUUAAAAUGAUUUAAAAAGGUAGUAUUAUAAUGUUUAUCUUAAAAUUAAAAUCACUUAUAACAUAAUUUGACUACUAAAAUUCCAGAUGUUUGUAAUAAAUAACAUAUAUUAUUCUAUUAUUAUAUCUAAUAUUAAAUUAAUAUUUAGACGAUAUGAUUUUGGCUUACAAAAAGCUAGAAAAAGGAUGUUUUCAAAUUAAAUUUAAAUUUAAAUAGGUAGGUAAUUUGUUUAAUUAAUUUGAUUCAUUUUGUAUUUCUAAUAUUCUACAUACUAAAUAUCAAACAUAAAAAUAUGAAUAUUUUUUUUAGAUAAUCUUACAACGGACUAUUAAAAAAUAUAUGCCUUGGACUAAAUACUUGUAUUCAAUCCAGCCCUGUAUUAAACAAAGUAAUGAUAAAUCUCAAUUAAAAUUGUAGAAAAAAAAGUUCUAUUAAAAAGAUCAGAGGAGAAAUAAGAAAACAAAUAAACUAAAUUUUGUAUAAUACAUAUAGGUAUACCCAUACAAUUUCAAUACUUUUAAGUUAGCUAAGUUUACAUUAAAUUGCAAGUAUGAACAUUUAAUACGUAUUCAGACAUACCGUGCUGACUAUUGAUACCGAGUUCGUAUUCACGAAAAUUCUAUCUUUCGAUUUCGCAUUCAUCCACUUUUGCGAUCUAAUAUAAUAUAUAAACGUGACUUAAGUAGUUAUACUAUAGCCAAAGAAUAAUUAUUCCAUAGUAAUAAUAAUUCCCAAGUCAUGAUUUAAUCCAAAACGCUAAAUAUUGACAAAAACUUUGUUGGAGACUAAUUUUUGGUGUUGCUAGAAGGUACGGGACUAAAUGUGCCGGUUGUGAUUUGGGGAUUCCGCCUACGCAAAUCGUCCGCAGAGCUCAAGAUCUCGUUUACCAUUUGCAAUGUUUUGCAUGUGUCAUGUGUGGUCGUACAUUAAAUACUGGAGAUGAAUUUUAUCUAAUGGAAGAUCGGAAAUUAGUGUGCAAACCUGAUUACGAAGCAGCAAAAACCAAAGGUUUGUUUUUCAAAUUAAUUUAAAUCUGCAUUACAAUAUAAUUCAUAAUUAUUUUGAUGUUUGUACGCAAAAGAAAAAAUGUGUUAUUAAAAACAAAAAAAAAAGUAUAUACAUAUAUAUAUUUUUUAGAAGGUGGAUGCCUGGAUGGUGAUCAACCUAAUAAACGGCCAAGAACAACUAUUACAGCUAAACAGUUGGAAACCCUUAAAAUGGCGUACAACAAUAGCCCAAAGCCAGCUAGACAUGUUAGAGAACAACUAAGCCAAGACACUGGAUUAGACAUGAGGGUAGUCCAAGUUUGGUUCCAAAACAGGUGAAUAACGUUACUAAAAUCAUAUCAUUUCAAAGUAUAUACUGUAAUGAUUCAUAAGUACACAUACAUAGGUAUUUUAGGAAAAUGUAUGUAAAAAAAAAAAAUAUAAGUUAUUAUUGGCCUAGAAUCAUAUACAUAUAUAUAUAUAUAUAGGUACAAACUAUUUGUUUGCAUUGUUAAGCGUCAUAUUUUUAUUUAUUUAUUUUUUUAUUUUUUGUACAUUUAUUGCGGUUAAUAAUUACUUUGGUUAAAAAAAAAUCUUAAAAACCGUUACAAGAAUAUUUUUAAAAUCAUAAUUUCUUUGAUAAUAAAAUUAGAUAUAAUAAAGCGAUUUUCCCAUAACGCACGGAACAUAUUCUUUGUAUUUUAUUAGAUCCAGAAAUAACUUUAGAAUAUUCUGCCAAAAGUAGUUGCUAAAUAUAUAUUUUCUUUUUCUGAAAUUGCGUAGAGACUAAACAAACUUUCUUUAAAAUAAAAACACAAUUAUUCUGUCUUUAUUUGAAUUAGUCAAUAAUUUCUUAUUUAUUACAUUAUUGAUACAUUAUUACAUAUAUACAUUAUUCAUACAUGAUUAUAGGUACUAAACAAAGUGAUUAUCUUCAUCCUUAUCUUUGUUGAUUUGUUUUUUAUCAUACUUCAAAAUGAAUGUUAAGCUUUUUUGAAUAUCAUACCAUAUUGUAUUUUUUUCAUAUACCAGUUUUCCAUUAAUAUACAUAUAAUAAUUUUAAAAAGAGACUAUUUUCUAAAAAAGCGAUAAUGAGUUCCAACACGAGAUAUAGCAGGUAAAAAUCAGUCAUAGGUGUGCAUACGUAAGUUCCGACACAAAAACUGAUAAAUCAGUACGUAAGUUCUGACACGAAUAAAAUACACCUACAACAUCUAAAUUCCUGUACAAAUAAAAAUUAUAACGAUUAAAAAUAACAAAUUUCCUUCCCACUUUAUUCAAAUUUAGGACUGACAACUAAGUUGGUGUGGUUAAAAUUUGUUCGGUUUUGUGUUUUAUAUGUUUUGUUAAAAUAAUAUUUUUGAAAAAUAAUUCAAUUUUCAAUUGAAUUUAGUCAUUAUCGUAAUUUGUUAAGCAUAGAGUUGUAUAAAAUGUACAUUUUAAUAUAUAAUUAAAUUCCAUGUGGCUUAUUGCGAAUGCUCAGACACUUCACAUAAUCAUAUUGUAUUAUUUUUUUAAACUUUUAAUAUGAUAUUUGUUAUGGAUAUAAUUUUGUUUUUGUUCGUCGUUUUACAUAUUUUUUGAGAUCCAUUGUAAUUUGAUGUUCUUAUUUUGAUAUAUGUAUUUGUAUAAAACAUUUUUAAAACUUUGAUUAUUUUGAAUAUAUUAGUAUGAUGAUAAUAAAAACUUGAAUUGAAUUGGGAGUGGAAACUUUCACAAGCAUUUGUUGUAAGACUUUUAUCAGAAUUAUCAGUAGGCCAAAAACUUGAGAGGAACGUACUAUUAUCCUCUAUGUAAUUAAUAACUUAAUCAUCGAAAAAUUUGUCUAUUUUAUUAGAAAUUUACGUAUGGAUAUUUUUUUUUCAUGCCGGAACUUACGUACGGGUAUAUUAUUUUUCGUGUCGGAACUUAUGUACCCACUUACUUGCUAUUUUCAUGUAGAAACUAUCCGAAUCCCUUCUAAAAAUGAGACAAAUGGCAACCCUUUCUUAGUUCGUCUAAAUAACGGGAUAUUGUAUAACUUAUAAAUUUUUUGGAAAGUCGUAAUAUUUACGAAUCUUCAAAAUUUGAUAUUAAAAUUCUUAUAUAAAAUAAAAAAUAGUAUAUCGAACUCAAUAUUUUUUUGUUGACCACUAAAUAUAACUUAUUAUGAAACUCCUCUAAAAAAAUUUUUGUUUUUGGUCUAACAAUAUUAUCCACAGAAUGGAUAAAAAUUACGUAAAAAACUCGAAAAAUUAAUAAAAUGUUUAAAAAAUUUAAAAUUUACUCUGAAAUAUAGACUUUAGCACUUUUUCUAAAAAAUAAUUUUGUCUAGUUGGUGACCUAAGGAGAGAUCUACUUUGUUCUUUAUAAUAUCUCGCCAUUGAUAGAGUAAAUCAUUUUUUGAUAUCUAAAUCAGUUUUCCAAACAAUUAUGAAAAACCAACAAACUAAAAUUGAUUAAUUUGUACGGCAACGUAGCGUCCGGUUUAUUUAUUUAAAUAUGUUCUAAUUAUAUUUUCUACCAGAAAUAUUACUCAAAUCGAAAAAUGACAAUUCAUCGAUUUUGUUCCUUUUGAUACAUAGCCACUGAUGGGUAAAGUCGUUUUUUAAUAAUUAAAGUAUUUUUCAUAAUAAUUGGAAAAAACCAAAAAAGAAGAAUUAUACGAUUUUUUCAAAUUACAGCGAUUUUAUUAUUUAAAAUAUAUACGGCUUAUGUUUUCUGCCAUAUUGUUCCAAUAUAUAAAUGACUAGAGACCAUUUUUAUUGCAUUUUUAAUCUAAUACAUGUGUAAUUUAUUCAAUUUUUGAUUUUCUCUAUAGUUUUAUUAAUAAUUGAGCAUAACCGAAAAAAAGGUGAAAUCACGGAUACUUUUAUGAAUAUAAUUAAUUUAUUAUUUUACAUUUUGUUUUUUGUUGUAAUUCAGGUUAAAAUAUUCGUAAUAACACGAAAUGUUGAUAGAAAACUUAAACUAACUUUCAGAAAAUUUGAAGAAUUUUCGAGCUAUUUAUAGACAUUUUAUAUAUUCUAGUUUUAUUUUUACGUAAUUUUUCUUUAAUAAGUACUGUGGAUUCAAUUGUCAGACCUAACAGAAAUUCUUGAAAAUUUAACAGAAUUUCAUUAUCAGUUAUAGUUUGUGAUGAAAAAAAAAAAAAGAGCUGAUAUUGGGGACGGGUGCGGCCACUGUUAAAAGUUGGUAGUAAGGAAGAUGGGAUACAUAAAGUAAUAUUUAAUUUAUACCUGUGAAAACGAUGACCCAUUAAUAAUGAAUAACGAUUCGCAUCAAAGUUUGGUAAUACAUAUUUUGAAAGAUCAUAACAUUUACGUUAUUGUCAAAAUUUGAUUCUAAAACUCUUAAAAACAAACAUUUUACAUUAAACAAAUUUUUUUUUUCACCACUAUGUACGAAUUAUAAUGAACAUCCUAAUAAAUUUGUAAGCACUUUUGUUAAGUAUAAACAUCAAUCUACAUUAUCUACAAGAUUACCUUCUAAAGAAAACUACCAAAUAAUAAUUACGUAAAAAACUCUUAAAAUUAAAAUGUUUAUAAAUAGGUAGCUCAAAAAUUGCUCAAAUGUUCUGAAAGGUUUACCACGUCUAGAAAAAGUAAAUAUAAGUUUACUGCUAACAUAAUAAGUGUAGGAAAGUUUUAAAUUAAAUAACAUUAAAAAACAAAAUUUAAAAAAAUAUAAGAGUUAUUUUCAUAAAUGUUCACGUUCUUUCUAGAUAUUUUUCAGGUUUGCUCAAUUAUUAAAAAAAAAAAAACACAUAGAAAAUCAACUAGUAACUUUCUCGAUCCUAAACUAGAUUAAAAAUUAAACAUAAAACAUAUCUUGAUAUUGGAGCAAUAUUUUUGGUAGAAAAAUAUAAGCUGUAAAAAUGUAAAAUAAUGAAAUUGUAACUCCAUAAAUAUGUCACUUUUCAUUUUAUAGUUUUUCUAAUUAUUAAUACAACUACAAAGAAAAUCGAAAAACGAAUAACUUAAUUAUGAACUAGAUGAAAAUUUCAAUAAAAAAGGCCUCUAGUCAUUUAUCUAUUGGAGUAAUAUUUGUGGUAAAAAACAUCGUGCUAAUAGGACGUUAUACCUACAUAUGCUGUAUCACUCCAACUAACGGGGUUUUCUGGUAGAAAAGUUGUUUAGACAGAAAAAAUAAAAUAAAAAAAUACACACAUAUCAUAGUAAAACCAAUAGAUGUCUCGUUACGUUCCGAACUAAUCAUAUUCACCUACAAUAAUAAUUGAUAGAUUAUAGUUAGCUUCUGUAGUAAUUUGUAUAAAAUGAAUUCAUUGAUACUGCAUUUACACUUUUGGUAAAGAGUUACUUACCUUGACCACUCCCUCUAUACAAAUAUACCACUAUAUUUCAUGACUUCUAAAACAACAAGUAUUUUUAAUUUUUCAGUAAAAUAAGUUAUUAGGUAUUUUAGGUUCUAAUUAUUUCUGGAUGAACUUCUUUUUAAUUGACUUGAAAAUGGAGGUUAUGUAUAUUCAACUCAAAUGGUUAUUUUUGAGAUGCAUUAGUGGGGUCGAUAUUUAGUGGGAACGGAAAUCAAGUUUGUGGUGGAAACAAUGCACGUCCGUUAUUUGGCUGCAUUAGAGUAAUUUAAUAAAGAAUAACCAAACAAAUAAAUCACAGAUUUAGUUCUAUGGUGUAAGUCAGUUUUUGAAUUGGUAACCAAUAGCCAAUUGGUAUAGAAACAAUAAAACGUAUAAAUUAUCAAUUAUUUUUACUGUGUGUUAGACAUUAUUUUUCUGAGUUUGGAACAGAAGUUUAAAUUAAAACUUAAUUUGUUAUUGAAUAAAACCUACCUAUAAUUAAUAAUCCAAUUUAUUUAUUAUGGGCAUAAUUGAUAAUAUUUUACGUGUGAUUCGCCCAACCGAUUUAGACAAAAAAUGAUAAAUUCUUGAUCACGUACUUUAGAUAUCGAAUUUUAAUUUUUACUUGUCCACUAGAACAUAUUAAUAAUUUAAUAGUUAAUCAUACAAAACUAUUUGAAUAGAUUGGUACACAGGUAUAUACAGUAAAACCUCCUUAUAACGGGCCCUCUAUAAGGCGGAAAUCUCCUUAAAACGGAAAACAACAGUAGUUUUGCAUAACUUAUACCCGUAUAUUUUAGUCUCCCUGUAAUGAAAACUCCAUAACGGAAAACUCAGUUGGUAUACCGAGCGAUUCCGUUAGAAGAUUUAAUUGUACCUAUUUGAAUAUUUAUACAAUUUAAAAAUCUGUGUAUGCAAAUUAUUUUACUGAUAGUAAUUAGUUAUAGGGUUACGGUAGUUAAAUUGACAAUAUUAUCAGCAAAUUAAAAAAUAUCGGACUUUUUAUUUUUUUUUUAUAAAAAUAUUACUAAUGGACUGUACUACGAUUAAAGAUAUGAGUAGUUAGUAUUUUGUUUAAUUGUUUAGUUUUAAAAUCAAUUACCUGAAAAAUGUUAAGAAAAAUUACUUUAAUAAUAUCUAUCUUUAUUUUAAAUAGUUCAUUGAAAAGUUUAUAUAAUAGUUUGUCUGUCUACGUUAUAAUAAUUAUACCUAAUAGAUAUUAUAUAAUAUACUUAUCUUUAGUUUUGUUUUAUCGGUAUAUCGUUGAUGACGAAUUAGUAUUCCUUAAACGAUUGUAAAUAGACCACUAUCUACAACUACGAUGCACUAACCAGUGUACCAACUGUAGACAGAAUUUCUAACGACCCAUAAAGAUUUGAUUAUAAUAUCUUUAAUCGUGGACCAUACAUAUACUUUUUACUUUUCUACAAUAAGAAACAAAAGAUAAGAUAUUUUAAAAUAUUGUAUUUUAACUGAACUUUAGACGUGCAAAAGAAAAAAGACUUAAAAAAGACGCCGGGAGAUCACGCUGGAGUCAAUAUUUUAGAACAAUGAAAGGUUCAAUAUCACCUCGUAACGACAAAGAUGAUCUUAAGGUUGAUCUGGAUUCAAAUUUUAGUCAUUCACAUGGUAACUUAAACAUUUGUAUAUUCUAAUAUUUAGCAUAGUAUUUCAAUAAUAAAUUAUGUUAUUUUAUUUAGAUUUAGAAAGCAAUGACAGCUAUGGGACAAGCACGUUAACUAUAGAUCAAGAACACAGUUCUCCUUUACCAGGAAGUCAUCACCAUAAAUUUUUGCCUGGAAACUCUUCACCAUCAUCACAUCAAUACAUGUCAUCACCCACUCAACAUGUUACUGCAUUUACAGCAGAUAAUGGUUAUAUCACAGUAGGCAAGUUCGCUGUAUAGAUAUUAAAUUAUAUUUUUUUCUGUAUAAAUAUGAAAUAAAUCAACAUAAUUUGAAAAAUAUAGACAAAGAUAAGAUAGGACUAGUAUAGGAUUAUCUGUUUAGUUAAAUUAUUAUAAGACAAUUUAUUAUAUUAUGAUGGUAUUUUUGGUUAUUACACACAAUAUGGUUGAUUGGUGCACUCAUAGUUAGUAUACAUUAGUGAUGGGAAUCCGAAAAUCCGGAUUUUCACAAAAAACAGCAAUUUAAGCCCCUUAAAAACCAUAUAAAUAUUAAAUAUUUUUGCAGUGUAAAUCUGUGUACCUAAGUAAAAUAUUUUUAUGAUAAUGUAAAAAUAAAACACAACACCAAAAAAUUAAACUGCUUUAAGAUUUCGGAUUUGUUGAAAUCCGAAAAUCCGGAAUCCGAAAUCCGAAAGCAUUUUAUAGUUAAAGUUAAGAUUUAUUUUUUGGAAUUUUUAUCCUUAGGUACACAGCUUUAUAUUAUAAUAAUAUUUAAUAUUUAUACGAUUUUCAAGUGGAUAAAUUAGCGUUUUAUUGAAAAACCUACAUUUUCAGAUUCCCAUCACUAGUAUGCAUAUAUACAUCAUUAGCAUAAAUAGGGGAACGCAUCGGAAUAUAAUGUUCAGGGGAGGCCUUUCAAGUGAUUUAAAGCUUUAAAAAUGUAAACGAUCUUAAAUUACUUGAAAAAUUCACUAAACCUUAAAAAUCUAGAUAGUUAGACAAAUUAUCACACAUAACACUAAUCCUUAAAUGUUGAAUAUAUGAAUUCAUAAACAAAUACUGAAUCCAUUUUAUGGCAUUGUUUCAUUAAAAAAUACUAUAGUAUGCACCUAUAAUGAAUUAUAAUAAUACAAUUGUACAAUACUCGUACAUGUAGACUUGAACAAAAAUGUUAUUCAACAAUAAUUGUUGAAUAGAUAGAAUAUAUAGAUAAAUAGAUAGAUAAACAGAAUUCGUUGAAACCGGUCAUUUUUAAUCAAUUAUUAUAAAUGCUGACUUCGAGGAAGAAGUUUGGUAAGAAUAAUAAUUUAUUUUUAUUUGUCAUAAUUAAGUGAAUUAAACAUCGAUCGAUUAAAAAUGACAGAAUUUAGUAUCCAUUCGGUUUUUCCAGUGUUUGUAAAGUCUUACUUAAAUCCACCUACAUAAUUUAAAGCGGUUAUUUAAACAAACCACAUAUCUAUUUAGUGUAUAAAGUCAACUACACGUCUACAGCUAGCCCCAUGUCUUCAGAUAAACAAUAGAAAGUAAAUCGAAUAAUAACAACUUUUAAAACUCUAAUAGUUAAAAUCCCAUUAAAAUAAAUUACUGUUUUGUGUUAUAAUAUAAAGUGGCACCUAAGGUUAUUUAUUUUCUCUUUUUAUGGUGUAUGCACGACGUACGUACACCACUCAUUGCAUAACCAUUGAUAUUAUCGCAUUAUUAAAUCUGCUUAAUUUGAUCUGUGUUGAAUUUAUUUGUUGAUAAUCACUAUUUGAGUCUUUUUCGAAUUUUCCUUACUUAAAUAAUUGUGUUCACAAUUGAUUGGUAAAAAAUAAUAUUAAACUUUAGUCCUUAAUAAGGUUAUGAACAUAUUUUUAGUCUUUUAUUUUUUAUUUUAAUGUUCAACUAGGUUUUAAUAAAUACAAUUAAUGACUAAACAACUUGAAUUACCUUAAUUUUUUUUUUAAUAUAAAUUAAUUACCAGUAUGAUAGUUAUUUUUCAGUAUAAUCAAUUUGAAAAGAAAACUUUUAUUUUUUAUUUUAAUAUUUAUUUUUUAAUUGGUUGAGUAUAAAAUUUGUUAUUUGUAUCAACAAUGGAUACAGUUACAUAGAUUCGAUUUAUAAAUGCCAAAUUUCAGCAAACAAUUUUUUUGUAAUAGGUAUCUAUCGAUAAAUAAAUAAAUUCAAUUUCAAUGAAUUACAUUUUUAAAAAUAACUAUGGCAAUGAUUGCUAGUACUAGGCAUACAUUGUCUGUUUAUACAGAAAUAGGAAUAUAAUUCAUAAUUAUUUGGUUAUUCAUUAUAGGUACACAAUUAAAAAAAAAAAUAAUAAUAAUAAUAAUAACAACAAACUUGUAUUAAGGUUAUUAUCAUUAAUUGAUGCCUAAAAUGUUUUUUUAACUAGGUCCUGCCCAUUCUGCACCCUCAGAAUUAAGUGACAACAGUAGCACACAUGGUUUUGCAGAUUUCCCACCAAGUCCAGAUUCAUGGCUUGGAGAAACACCACACAGAUACUAAAAUUAUAUUAAUUAAAAUGUAUUAAUGAAGUACAAAUCAAAAAUCUUCUUAUUACCCAAUGUGACCCAAGAGCUAAUAAACAGACUGGGUGAGAGCAUUAUUUAAUAAUAAUUAUUUGUGGUAUUCUGUACAUUUAUCAUUCAAUUUCAUUAGUUUCGUUAUAUUAGUUCAUUUUAACAUAAAUAUAACUUUGAUGUAUUUUGAUUUAUUUUGUUUCAGGAGAACCAAGUCUUUAAAAAUGUUAAAUGUUUAUUUACUAUAUUUGUGUGGAAUUUAUAUCAUUAGUUCUUGCAACUUUUUUAUGGUAUUUCAUUAGGUUUUUGCCAAAAGUUGUGUUUAGAUGUAGAUAUAUUUUUCUUUUGAUCUCGAACUUAUAUUCCUUUAAAUGUUAUCUUUAAAAAAAGUCGAAAUAAUUUUUAAUAGAUUAUGCAAUUUGGUAUUUUUUCUUAAAACACAUUGCCACAAAUAAAAGAUAUACUUUUGGAAGACUAAGUCAUGUAAUCAAUAUUAUUAUAUCUGAAGAUAAAUAACGUGUAUAAAAUGUAAAAUAAGCUUUUGAUAAAUUGUAUUGUUAAUAAAAAAUUGUUUGAAAUUGCCUUAAUAUAUUAUUGUAUAAAGUAAACAUAAUAUAUUUAUAUAAAUUGUAAUGUAGCUAAUAUUAUAUAAUAUUCAAAUCAGGCGAUUACCUAAUGAUAAUCAACAAUUUUGUACCAUACAAAUUAUUUAAUUUAUUAUUAUAAACAUAGGUAAUCUAAUAAUGUGUGAUUAUUCCUAUAAUAUAUUAUGUUUCCUUUGCAUUUUCAUUUAAAUGUUUACUUUUUGAAUUGAUGUAUUAAGUAACAAAAAUAC